UCAGUAUCGAACCGGCUUUCUACCCCAACGUUGGGGACUUGGCAGCGAAAAAGUGUGGGGCCUACAAUAUGAAAGAGUGUAUAUUUUUUCGCGGAGUAAAUCAAAAGAGUGAAGUGGAAUCGUGAAUUUGCUGAAACAAGAAAAAACCUAAUUGGAAUCUUCUGUGAGAAUUUGUUCUCACCAAAACGACUCAAAGGCAGCGUCCGUUUCAGUGCGAAUUGUGUGAAGUUUUAUGGCCUAAAACGCAAAAGGCUGACGUGAUUAAAAAAAAAAAAAAGAAGUGGCGUAUUUUUUGGCUUUUAAACAAAUUAAAGUUGAUUUACGUGCGCUAGGAGGAGGAGGAGUAGGAAAACUGAAGGCCAACCGCCGGGGGUUGGUUCGAAGGGAAAAAUCUUCCUGUGAAAAUCCAUGCCCGGAAUGAGUGUGCGUGUUGCGUGAGAAAAAUCAAUUUUGGUUCAUUUUGAACGCAAAGGAGAAAGAACGAAACAAGGGGCAGCAAAGAGACCGAAAGAAAAAAGGGCUUGUCCAAAUGAGAAUUUGCUAUAACGAAAGGAAUUCAACGAAAUCGAUGCUAUCAUGGCUGAUAGCACAGAUCCAGGCAAGGAUCCAACCAUAGAUGCCGGCGGAGGAGAAGGAGGUGCUGCUGACGCGCCUCCAAUCCCAGCUGUUCGGCGGCGUCGUGCGCAUGAGCACAAAUCCUCCUCGAGGGAGAACGUGGAGCAGCAGGAACAGCUGGAGACAUCCACAGUGACGCGAACGUACAUGAAGACCAUUACCACAUCCUUGACCACAUCGAGCAGCAAUCUAGAAGAGGAAUAUGCCUCCAGCAGCAGCAGCAACCAACGUUUGCGCCAGAAGGUGGCCCAAUACGAAAAGGUCUGGUCGGAGGGCCUGGCCAACACCGGGAAACGUACCGCCGAGGAGAGCUCCGAUGAACUAAGGCAGGACUCGAACCAGGAUGAUGACCAGGAGAAUCCCUUCGACAUUGAUGUCCACGAAAUCGAGCGACGGUUGCGUUUGGAGCGACAGCGCGGUCUGGCCGAGGCGGAGGCAGCCAAGCUGGCCUUCCAGCAGGUCCAGCUGCGGCACACCACGCCCCCACCGCCGUCGUCGCUGCCGCGUCUGGUGGAGGUGACUAGCGAGCAGACAGCCAGUCCGUUUAACGUGACCUUGAGGACCACCAGUCGGAUGAGUCCUGGUGCCGAUCAGGGGAACGUAGAGGAGCAGCUGUCGCCCUUCAAUGUCACCCUCCGCACCACCAACACGCGACGGCACGCCAAGAGGGCGGAACUAGAGCGCUUCCUCGACGGCGAGCGAAUGGUGAGAGAGGUGCCCGCUGCAGACGGGGUAAGGACCAUCAUUACCUCCUCCAUGACCAGCGAUGGGGGCUACGCCGAGGAGAAAAUCUAUCGCCACGGCGAGGGAUAUGUCUCGCCGCGUGACUCACCCUCGUGGUCGCGCUCGCAUUCCAGUUACUCCGGCAGUGAGCGGUCCAGUGUGACGCCACCGCGUAGCGUGGACUUGACCGCCGGCGGCAGGAGGAUACUCAUUAAGCUGGAGAACAAAACCGAACUGGGAACCGAACUAAACGACGAGACAGAUUCAAGUGCAGCGAAUCGGCAGCAACACUUUGGUGGCAGACAGGACGCGGCCAUGGCAACGGGCAACAUUGACAUUACCGUUGGUAGCAGCAACCCCCGCAGGCGUUUGUACCAACAAACAACUGUCCAGGUGGGUGGCAACGUGGCAGCAGCGCCACAACAACAGCAACGUCCCCGGGAACUGGCCCUCGAAACAGGAGGAACGAAGAAGAAGACAAUGCCGCUAACAUCCACGCCGAUUGGCACGAAGGAGCAACCGCAGGAGCGAAAGGCACAGGGCACAACGCCGCCAAUCAGUCCAGCUGGAACGUGCCAAUUGCGUGGUUCUUCAGCGGAAGAGCAACGGAAAAUUGUGAGCCACAAAACGAUAACCACCACCAGCAGCAGCAGCAGCACUACGAAAUCGAAAUCCUCGACCUCCUCCUCAUCCACGUCCACGUCGCGCAAAUUAAUCGAAGAUUCACCGUCUCCUUCGCAGUUGCAGGCCGUUGGCGAUAUCUCGUUUACCGCCUCGCAAAUACGUCUAAGUCGCGAUAACGUAUCGAACGCCGGCGAUAUUAUCGAUAACGAUUCCGAUACCGAGGGCAGACCGGCCAGCAGCAUUGUGAUUGUGUCCACACCCUCGCGAUCUGUGACCCCGUCAACGCCCAGCACCACUCCGCACACCCCACACGCCCCACACACGACAGCAGCCCACGCUCUCAGCGGCAUUGGCACUUUCAGCAAGAGUCUGCGACAGGAUUAUCAGACUCAAGUACAGCAAAGUGGCAGCCGUGGCAGCAGCAGCAACGAAAACGAGUACCAGGAAUUCCAGUCCACAAUGGCGUCGAUCAAUUACGCCCGCAGCAAUUCCCAGUACGACAGUCAUAUCAAGGAGAAACGAGAGGAGCAAGAACGUGUGCAGAAGAAGACAUUCACUAAUUGGAUUAAUUCAUACCUACUGAAGCGUGUUCCACCGCUUCGUAUUGAUGAUUUAAUCAAUGAUUUACGCGAUGGCACAAAACUAAUUGCAUUGCUCGAAGUGCUGUCCGGUGAACGACUGCCCGUGGAGAAGGGCCGUGUACUGAGACGACCACAUUUCCUUAGCAAUGCCAAUACGGCCCUGCAAUUCUUGGCCAGCAAACGCAUCAAAUUGGUCAAUAUUAAUCCCGCAGAUCUGGUGGAUGGGAGACCACCAGUUGUGUUGGGCUUGAUAUGGACAAUCAUAUUGUACUUCCAGCUUCGUAAAAAGAGGCGGAAAAACUUAGUUGUAGUUAUAAAUUAUGCGCCACAGAUCGAGGAGAAUAGCCGCAACCUAGAAUAUUUGGGUCAUGGUAUUGGCGGUUCGGUUAGCUCCCUCGACAGCGUUGGCAAUCAGAAGCAUGGCGACCUUAAGGCUGAGAAAUGGAAGCAAGGAGCCAGAAAAACGCUACUCAAUUGGGUGACAAAUGCCCUGCCAAAAGACAGUGGCGUGGAGGUGAAAGAUUUCGGCGCCAGCUGGAGAGAUGGCGUCGCUUUCCUAGCCUUGAUCGAUGCCAUAAAAGCGAAUCUGGUCAAUUUAGCAGAGCUAAAGAAGACCAGCAAUCGUCAGCGUUUGGAGACAGCUUUCGAUGUGGCCGAAAGCAAGUUGGGCAUUGCCAAACUAUUGGACGCUGAGGAUGUGGAUGUACCCAAGCCAGAUGAGAAGAGUAUCAUGACAUAUGUGGCACAGUUCUUGCACAAGUAUCCCGAACCAAAGGGUGCCUCACGCGAUCAAUCGCAUAUUCAGCAAGAGGCGGACGAGCUGCGUCGCUUCUUGGUGGAGAAGACCACCGAGUAUGAGCCCAUGGUCAUGCAGAGCUCUUUUCCACGUGAUUUUAGUGAAUAUCUUCUGGCACGUUCAGAGGUCGAUGCCCAUUUGUCGGCAUACAACCGCCUGAAGCAAUUGAUUGAGAGCCAAAGCGGUUUCCUGCAGGUCUCACAUCAAUCGUGGAAUGAAAUCAAUGAGCUGUGGCAGCGCCUCCAGUACCAGAUGAUGUACUGGCUCUGGCUGUUGGACGCCGAGCUGCCCGGCGAAUUCGGCAUCGUUGGCAAAUGGCUGGCCGAAGCCGAGAAACUACUGAUGGACAAUGAUAUACCCAAUGCCAUGAAUGAGGAGACGGCGGCUGUGAUUAGCAGAAAGCUGGAAGAGCAUAAGCUCUUCUUUGCCGAUCUGCCGCGCAUUCUGGCCAUGUUCGACAAUGCCAAACGGUCGCCGUUGGCCCAGCAGGUGCCACUGGAGCAGCUGCGCAAUAUGGAGCGACGCCUGCAAGAGGUGGGACCCAAGGCCGCUGAGCGGCGCAUCCGUUUGAAGUUCCUCGAGCACAAGUGCUGUCUGAUUGCGUUCCUCAAUCUCGUGGAGAACAAGAUGCGCGGCUGGACUGGGAAGUACGGGCACGAGGAGAAGGUGGCCCAGCAGCUGGAGCAGUACAAGAACUUUGUGUCGCGCAACAAGAUCUUCCAGGAGUUCCAGAAGGCCUUCGUGGACAUGCAACAGGUCGUGGAAGAGUACAAGCGCGAGGGCAAUGUGCCGCGCAAGGACAUCAACGAGAUCGAUCGCUUCAUGUACGAGACGGAAGAGCGCUGGAAGCGCGUCUCCAUGGAGCUCAAGUGCUGCCAGAACUCGCUCGAAGAGGUCGUCAACUGUUGGCGUAGCUGGAACCAGCUGGCCCCCAGCUGCGAGGAGUGGCUGCUCCUCGCCGAACAGAAGGUCAAUCAAAGCGAGGACGACCGUCUGGAGUUCUUCCAGGAUAUACCCGUGUGGAAGGACAAGUUCGAUGCUCUGGCCAGCUCUGCCAAUUAUCUGAUUGCCUCUUGCGAGGAGCCCAUCGCCCAGCAGCUGCGUCAGCGCCAUGGCGCUCUCGCUGACCGCUUUGAGCGUCUGUUUGCCAACACCAAGCAGUACAUGCACGCGGGCGACAUCAUACGCUCCCGUCAGGAGUACAAGUCGGGCAUUGAGCAGCUGUCCCGUUGGCUGCGUGGCGCCGAAAGCGUGCUGGAUCAGCGUCAGGUGCUAGGCAACAGCGAGCAGAUCCGGCAGUAUGGCCAACAGCUGCAACAGUUGGCCAGCGAGAUCGACGACAACGAGGAGCUGUUCAAGACCAUCAGCCGCAACUUCCAGGGACUCAUACAGGACUUGUCCCGCGAUGAGGUGGACAAGAUGAUGAAGCUAUUGAAACAGGAGAAGGAAUCCCUAGUGCGCAUACGCGCACAGCUGCCGGCCAAGCUGCAUCUCUUCCAUCAACUGCAGAUCCAACAGGAAUCAUUGGAGGCUGGUCAGAAGGAGAUCCAUCAGUGGCUAAGCGAGGCCGAGCAGCUGCUGAGCACCCACAACCUUUCGGGCGGAAGGGACUCGAUCAACGAGCAGCUGCAUAAACACAAGACAUACUUUUCGCGCACUGUGUACUACCGCUCGAUGCUGGAGAGCAAGAACAAGGUGUUCCAGAAUCUACUGAAGGCCGUGGCAUCGGAUGACAAGAUCGACACGGCGCCUGGCUCCCAGCAAAUGCAGCAGCUGAACGAACGCUUUAACUAUGUGAUCCAGAAUGCCCAGCAAUGGGAGCAGCGUCUGGACGCGGCCGCUGGUGGCUGGAGCAACUUCAAAGAUAACGAACGGGUGGUCAGUGAAUGGCUCACCCAGGCCGAAUCCAUGCUGGUGGAGAAGCACAUCGAAUCGAAGACCACCAUCGAGACACAGAAAUACUUCUUUGAGCAGGUCAAUGAUCGCUGGAUGAACGACCUCGUGCAAUCCGCACAGCAAUUGCUGACCACGCUGCCAGCCCAGGAGCAGCCAGCGGUGGUGCAGAGCGUCGAGCAGCUGCAGUCGCGCUGGAAGAAUGUCCUGUCGCAGGCACCGCUCCAUCUGCUGAAGCUGGAGUUCCGUCUGGAUGAGAAUGCCUUCUAUCAGUCGCUCAAGGACGUGGAGAAGGAGCUGCAACUGGAGCAGCAGGCCCUCAACCGCAACGAAGACGUCGACUCCAUACUGCAGCGCAAUCAGCAGUUUUUGGUGCAACAGGAUGUGGUGCCACGGCUAGAGCGGUGCCUGCAGAACAUGCAACGCCUGGCCCAGGCCCACAGACAGCAACAGCCAGGGGACAUCUCUCUGGAUCAGGCCUACGACAAUGCCCAGGCCCAGUGGCAUUCGCUGUCCAACAAACUGGGGGAUAUGCGACAGACACUGCAGCAGAUCCCAGCCCAAUGGCAGGGCUACCACCAGAAAUUCAACGAGAUGAUCCAAUGGAUGAAUACCGUCGAUCAGAGCCUGAAGAGCAUUGUCAAUGAAGUCAAUACCAUGGAGGAGUUUGAAAAGGAGAAGGUCGUCUUCCAGCGAAUUUGCCAGGAUGCAGACAACAAGCGCGAGGACAUGAAGUGGCUGGUCAAGACGCUCGACGCUCUGCUCAGCUAUGCCACCGAAGAUGAGGCCAACCUGGAGCAGAAGAAGCUGGAAGAUCUGAUUGCCCGCUACAAGAACCUCAUACCCACCAUUGAGAUAACGAUGGUCAAGACGGAGGUGUUCUCCAAGUGCUACACCUACCGUCGCGAGGUGCACGAGGUGGUGUGCCUGUUGAGCAAGGUCAAGGACCAGACAGCCAAUAUUCCGGCUCCGGACAGUCUGGAGCGUGUGAACCGUUUGAUUGAAGAGCAGCAAUAUGCCAUCAAUCAGCUGGAUCAUCAACGGCCGCACAUCAUGUCCAUGCUACAGCGGGGCCGAGACCUCAGCAAGGAUGUGCACGCCCCGGCAUUUGUCAAUACCGAGGUCAAGAGUCUGGAGACGGGCUGGAACCAGGCCUACACACAGACCUCCGACAAGCUGCAGGCACUCAAGGGCACCCAGGCCGUGUGGAGUGAGUUUGUGGACCAGAAGAACGACAUCUUCUCCAUGCUGCAGACGGCCGAAACGGAGCUGCGUGCCCUGACGCCCCUGCAGACGGAUCCGAAGAAUGUCAGCCAGGAUCUAAAGUCCAAGCGGGAUCUGAAUGUGCAGCUGCAGCAGGCCUCGCAUCAGCUGCUGCCCAAACUGCAUGCUCUCAAGUCGGAACUGGCUCCGUUGGCUGCGGCCGACAAGCGUCCCAUACUGGAGAAGGAGGUCACCGAAGUGGAGAAGAUGUUCUUCAAUACGAUGGAGCAUGUCAAGGAUCGCGUUGGCUAUCUGGAGGACUACAGUGCCAAGUGGAACAACUACAAGACGCGUCUCGCCGAGCUGCAGGAAUGGGCCAACAAAGUGGCGCCCAAGAACAUCGAAGCCCUGCAAUCGGAGGACCUCACACCCGAGGAGCGUGUGAUCAAGGUGCAGGGCUUCAAGCGCGUCCUUGGGGAGCGCAUGAAGCAGCUGGAUCUACUCGCCGCCGAUGCCUCCGAAUUGGCACCGAAAGAGGGCAACAUUGCCGAGGCGAAGCGUCUAAAGGGUGAGAUCUCCAAGCUUCAGGAGGUGCUCAGUGCGAUCAAUCGCAAUGUGGACCACCAGGCACAGGCCGUGCAAGAGGAUCUCAUCAACUGGCAGCAGUUCCAGGCCGGCCUACAGCAAAUCAAGCCCGCGGUGGAGCAGAGCGAAGUGAAGGUAAAUAAUGUAGUUUCUAAGCCCCAGACCCUUGAAGAAGCCGUUGCCAUGCAACAGAAUGCCCAACAAUUUGAAUCACAAUGCCAGGAGCAAUUGGACAAGCUCCAUGGCAUCUCGAACAUCAGUCAUAAAAUGUUGUGUAAAACGAAUGCCCCCGACGAACUGGAUGCCAUGCACUCGCGUUGGUCCGCCGUCCACGAGAAUGCCAAGCAGGCGAGCGCCAAGCUCGAAAAGUUGGUAGGCAAUUGGAAGUCCUUCGAGGCCGAUGCCGGCAAGCUGGAGGAUUGGAUUGGCCAGGGCGAAAAGCAGAUGGCCAAGCGUCCGGCUGUGCUGAAUACCCCGCACAUUGACAAACUGGAGAAGGAGUUGGUCAAGCUAAAGUCCUUCAACAACGAGAUCUCUCAGCAGCAGGCCAAACUGGUGGCCCUGGGACAGAACGCCGAUCAGAUUAGUCUGCAUUUGGCCCCCGAGGGUGCCGCCGCGCUCAAGGAUCGCGUGAACCAGAUGAAGGGUAAGCUGCAGAAGCUGUCGGAGGCCACGAGGGGUAACAUCAAUGAGGUCUCCGAUGCCAUUAUCUCGAGGCAGGACUUUAACGCGAAGCUCGUGAACUUUUCCAAUUGGAUGGAACAGCUGAGGAAUCAGGUCACACAGGUCGAGGAAAUCAAUCCGGAGCGCGUGGAGACGAGUCUGCAUGUGAUUCAUGCUCUGAUGCAGGAGCAUGCGGACAAGAAGCCCAGCUUUAAUGCCAUCUACGAUGAGGUCAAACAACUGGCUCUGGGUGCCACACCCGAGGAAACGAACGCCCUGAAUGAUGCCUAUACCGCUCUGGUGGUCAAUUACCAGAAUCUGGAGACGAAUAUGCUGCAAAAGAAGGCGGCCCUGGAGAAAUGGACAGAGCUGUUGGGCUGGAAAAAUGACACGGAAUCGCAUCUGAAUUACUUGAAGCAUCAGUUGGAUAAACCCGAGGGACCCGCUGCGGAAGAGUUGGGCAAGGUUAUCCAAGAGAUUGAUUUCUUGGGUCAGGGCAUUAGCUACUGGAAGGCGCAGGCCAAGGAGAUUGAUGAGAAUCCUGCCAUCCAGCUGCGUGAUGCCCUGUCGCGUCGUCCACUGAUUGCCACACAAAUUGUCAACGAUGUGGAGAACAAAUUGGAGAAUCUCAAGCUUCGAUCGCAGAACCAGCAGCAGCAGCUGCAGCAGAUGACAGUCCGCAAGGACAAGUUCCAUGCUCUGGAGCACAACUUUGGUCAGUCGCUGCAGGAGAACCGGGACAAGCUGCAGGCGAUACUCCGACAGCAGCCCACACUCCACAACAUUGAUCAGAUCAUAGCCGAUUUGGUGGCACUCAAUGAGGCCCUGAAAUACCAGGCAGAUCUCAAGAACCGCAUACACGACGAGGGUUCGCUGCUGAUGCGCGAGGAUAUAGCCAGCAUGCCGGCCAUCCAAGAGAGUCUCUUGGUGAUGGACAAGAACUAUGAUUCGCUGCAGAAUGAAAUCGCCGAACGCAUACAGAAAUACAACCUGAUUAGUCAGGCCUUGAGGGAGUAUGCCGAAGCCAAGGAUAAGUUCUCCAAGGAGCUGAAGAAAGCGGCAGAUCUGUUCAAUGCCAUACCACAACAGUCACGCGACGAAACGGAGCUGCAGCAAGCGUCGGAGAAGACCCGCAAGACUCUGGAACAGCUGAGGAAAUCCAAGCUAAGUCUCGAUGAGCUCGAGCGACGUGGCAAUAAUGUGGGAAAACUGUUUAGCGCCAUUGGCGAACGCAUACCACAAGAGGUGCCACAGGAGGUGACGGCCGCCAAGCAGCAGUGGCAGGACCUGCACGACAAGACCGCCAAGAACGCGCAUGUCUACGAGACGGAAACGGUCAUUUGGUCACAAAUAGAAGAUGCCAAAAAGGAUCUGCUGCCCUGGCUAAACGAAACCAAUCAGGGUCUGUGCGAUGCGGCAGACAAUUCCAUAGAAAUCGAGUUUGCCCCAAUGCGUCUGAGUAAAUACCGAACGGAGCUGCCUUCCUAUCAGGCUUUGAAGGAUACCAUUGCAGAGAAAACCAAGGAUUUGGGCGGCAAUUCACCCGCUCUGAACGCACUCAAUCAAUUGUUGGAUGAGCAGUUUGCCGAGGUAUCCAACAAUGCCGAGCGCUUGAGUGCCAUUACCACAUCGUUUAAUGAUCAAGAACAAGAGUUGCGCAGGCGCUCAAAGGUGGCAGGGGAACAGGUCAGUAAACUCCGCGAACAGCUCAUCAAAUGCGACGACAUGUCGGGGGAUAACAACAAGAUCAUGGAGCGUCUACUCCAAUGUCGUGCCUUGCGCAAAGAUCUGGAUGAAAGCGGCAACGAGAUUGACAAUAUCAAGCAAAAGGUGGACGAACUGCGCAACCUGUAUCCCACAUUCAGUGAGUCCAUUAUCCCCAAGGAACUAAACAACGUACAGAAACGCUACGAAGGCGUGGACUUGUACGCCAAAAAGAUUGAGAGCUCGCUGCUGCAGUUCCUCAAGAAGUUCCAUGCGGAUAGGGUGGGCAUGCUGAAGCGUAUCAUAGCCACGCAACGCGAGAAGGUGGCCUGGUGUCAGCCAGAAUCAUCGAGCGACAAAUACAAUCUGGACGUUAAGAAAUCAUCGCUGCAGGAGGUCGGCAAGAGCAUUGACGAGUGCAAGGCCAGAUAUGCAGAGACCUUGAAAUCUUUGGAAAUGCUGAAGGCUGUGGAGUCCCCACAGAACCUACAGGAGCUCUCAAAGGAUGCCCAGCUGCUGGACAACGAUAUGAAGGCCUUGCAGGAUAGCUUUGACCAGAUCAAGGGCAUACUCGACGAGAAUGUUGAUCUGUGGUCCCAAUACGAGCAAUCGAAUGAACAAAUAUCCAAUUGGUUGCGCGAUGUGGAGGGACGCGUCAAGGCGGAGACCUGCAGUCAAGUGAAUCUUCCAGAAGUGCCACAGAAACUGCAGGAGCUGGCCAUCCUACAGCAGGAUGUUUUGGCCCACGAGCCGAUUAUCCAAGGCUUGGAGCAGACCUCUCAACAGCUGAUUGAAAAGAAUCCCGAGGCAAGGAUUGGACAAUUUGUGCAGCACCUAGUGCAGCGUUAUCAGGCCGUCAGCAAGAGUCUCAAUGGAUACAUUGACAAGAUACGCAGUGCACAAUUGUCCAACACAAACUUUGCCAAGGCUUCGAAGGACUUCAAUGAGUGGCAGAGCGAUGCCAAGAUUGAAUUCCAGGAACUGGCACGCAUGGGCUCCCCUGGAUCCUCUUCGGCCACGGCCCAACAGCUGCAGACGAUCAAAAACUACAUCAAAACCCUGGAUAAUGGUCAGAUAUUGCUGAACAAUGCAGUGGAUAUAGGCGAGAACUUGUAUCCCGUGGUGUCGCCAGAGAAUCGUGAACGCAUUCGCGCGGAUCUGCGACAAAUGAGGGAGAAAUUCGACUAUCUGCGAGAUGAGGCGAACGCUUUGAUGCAGCAGGUGGAGGGUGUGCUCAUACAAAAGACCUCCAUCGAGGAGAGCUACACCCAAGUGUCGCACUAUCUGAAUGAAUCGAGGGCCAAGGUUACAGCUGGGGAUGAACUCUAUCCCACUUUGGCCACCAAGAAAGCAGCCCUGCAGAACUAUAAAACGCAACUACAGGAGAUUACGCUGCACAAGAAUGCCCUGAAGCAACUGCACGACAAGGCGGUGACUCUCUGCGAUGAUGAAUCGGAAAGAAAGACGGAUGAGUCCAUUCAGGAGUAUAAUACUUUGUCCAAAAAGAUUUCCGAUCGUAUCGGUACCGUCUCCAAUCAAGUGACCAAGCAUGAGGCCUACGAUCAAGUGCUGGAGAAGGCCCAGGACUGGCUGAACACCAUCAAAUCAGAGGCCAUAGACAUCCUCAAUGAGACCACAUUCGAAAAAGAGGGAGCCGAAGAGAAGCUGAUUGUUGUGGAGAACCUAUUGCAGCAUAAGCCCGAAGGAGAUUCGAUCUUUGAUACGUGCCGCAAACUGUUGGAGACUGUACUAAAACAGACGCAUCCAAACGGACAUCCUGCCUUGCUGAAGGGCUUUGAAGAGCCAAAGCAUGCGUGGGAGGAGUUUAUGGUUUUGUGUGAGGAUUCGUUGGUGAAACUCAAGCAACUCUGCUCGAAAUGGGACGAAUUCGAUUCGAUUAUCGAAGAUCUCGACAACUGGAUGAAGAAUGUUGAGGCUGUCGUCAAGAAUCAGAGCCUCAAGAGCACUGCGGAGGCAAAGAGUGCACAUCUGAAGCAACUUCAGGACAUUUCAAAGGACAUUGAACGUCGUGGCUCGGCCAUCAAUGAGCUGAUGGAUCAAGGUCGUGAAAUCGAGGGAGAAACCGACUUAAAUCUGAAACUCUCGCGCUUGAACACACGCUAUCAGACGCUCAAGAACCUGUGCAAGGAAUCGAUUGCAAAGUAUGUGAAUUAUGUGAAAGAUCAUGAGAGUUUCGACCAGGACUUCGCAGCGUUCAAAGAGAGUCUGUCCCGUUCUGUGAAUGAUCUGUCGAAGGCCAAUGAAAUCACUGGCGAUCAGAGUGUGCUCCAGGAACAGCAGAACAAACUCCGCGAGAUGUCAGACAAACGCAUCUCGGAUUCGACUCUCUUUGAGGGUCUCAUCGAUCGCGGGGAGAAGCUGUACGGCCACACCAGUCCCGAGGGCCGUGAGAUUAUACGCCAACAGUUACGUUCGCUGCGCACCCUGUGGGAUAAUUACACGGACGAUUUGAAUGCGGCCACCCAAAAGAUUGAUCAGUGUCUGUUGCAGUUCAACGAAUUCAGCAUUGCCCAGGAUCAGUUGACCAAAUGGUUGAAGGAUGUGGAUAAGGCCAUGCAGAGCCACACGGAGCCAAAGACCACGUUGCAGGAGAAGCGUGCCCAGUUGCAGAAUCAUAAGCUGUUGCACCAGGAGAUCACCACUCACAAUGUCCUGGUGGACAAUGUGUGCGACAAGGCACAGUUACUGAUUGAUCAGAUCAAGGAUAACUCCUUGAAUAUCUAUCUGCAUUCGAUUAAGGAACUGUUUCAGAAUAUUGUCCAAAAGUCCGAUGAGAUCUUGCACAAUCUAGAGGACUGUGUGCAGAGGCACAACGAUCUAAACAAUGGUCUGGCCUCGGCCAAGACCUGGAUAUCGAAUGAGAAGGCCAAGCUUCUGGAGUGCGAUGAUGCCUACGGCGAGAAGGCGGACAUUAAGCGAAAGAUCGAAACCCUGGGACAGCUGGCGCAGAACAAACCGCAAGCCAUGAAAUUGAUCAACGAUAUACGUCUGCAAUUCGACAAAGUGAAGCCCACAACCUCUGAGAAGGGUAACGAAGUCCUAGACAAGGAAUUAGAUGAACUGGAGGUCACUCUAAAGUCCCACUUUGAUGACAUCGAGGGCAUAGAAGGAAAACAAAAGGAUGUCCUCGCCCAAUGGGAUAAAUUCGAGAAAACCCUCGAGGAACUGACUAAAUGGUGUCGCAAUGCCGAGGCCGUGUUCCGCGAGCAGCAGCUCCAGUCGACGCUGCACGAGAAGGUCGAACAGUUGGAGAAAUACAAGAUCCAACGCGAAUUGAUUCUCCAGAAGGAGCGAGAGAUCGAUGCCUUUGGCGAUGCUGCCCAUUCGCUGCUCAACAAUUGCGGGGCCGAUCGUUUGAAAACGUUGACCACACAGAUCACGAAUCGCUAUCAAUUGCUGCAGGUGUUGAGCAAGGAAGUGGUCAAUCGUUGGUCGAAUCUCGUAGACGAUCAUCAGUUCUAUCAGGACAAGUAUAAUGAGGUUGAUCUGUGGCUGCAGCCGAUUGAAGUGCAACUGGAGAAGGUGCUGCUCAAGGAUGAGCAGGAGCACAACAUAUUGCAGGUUCUUUUAUCCGAAAAAGAACAGGCAGAGAGUCUCUUCGGUGCACUCAAUGGGGCUGGCGAAAAGGCUUUGCCGGAGACUUCGACUCAGGGAAGAGAGAAGAUCAGAAAGGACCUGCGUGACAUACGCGAUCGUUGGGACAAACUGGACGAGGGCAUACGUAAUCUAGAGAAACGUCAAGAGGCCCAGGGCGUCCAAUUGACCAGCUAUCAGGAUAUCCUCAAUCAAACGGUCAACUGGUUGGAUCAGGUCGAAAAACUACUAAACAAUGAGAGCCCCGCCACGUGGACAAGUGCACAGGAGAUACGCUCCAAGCUGUACAAAUACAAGGCUACCAACCAGGACAUCAACUCACACAAACGCAUCGUGGAGGCAGUCAACGAGAAGGCAGCUGCCCUGCUAGGAAGCUCUGCCCCACCAAAUGCCGAUGAUAUAGCCCAAGCGGUGACGGAAGUGAACAAGCGCUACGAUCAGGUGGGACAGCAGUGUGCCCAGCUGGUCUCCGAUCUGGAUGCAGCUUUUGAGGUCUACCAACAGUUUAGCGAACUCCAAAAGGCCCAACAGGACUACCAGAAGAAUCUGUGGGAUCGUCUCACGGGCUACUCGGAUUACUCCGGCAACAAGGCGGCCCUGCAGGCGCGCCUCCAGAAAAUCAACGAGAUCCAGGACGCCCUGCCCGAGGGUGUGGCCAAACUGAAAUCAUUGGAAGAACACAUCCAAGCAAAUGCCAGCCACAUACCCGCACGAUCCAAGGAGGCCAUGGCCAGGGAUUUGGCCAAUCUACAUGCAGACUUUGAGAAGUUUGGUGCGUCGUUGAGUGAUGUCAAGAGCGGCCUGGAGAACCGUCUGCAGCAAUGGAACGAUUACGAGAUCAAUUUGGAUCGUCUCAUCAAUUGGCUGGGAGAGGCAGAGAAUGCACUGAAGAACUAUAACCUCAAGAACUCAUUCGAAGAAAAGGAGGAACAACUAAAUCGGUUUCAAUCUUUGGCCCAGAGUUUGCGUCAAAACGAAUCAGACUUUGAUAAAAUGAAGGACGAUACCUCGGAGCUGGUGCAGAGCUCAGGCGAGACGAGGAUUGCCGUGAAUGUACAGCAGGUAUCCUCGCGUUUCCAGUCCAUCCAAGCCACAGCCAAGGAGAUCCUGAAGAAGUGCGAGCAAGCUGUCCAGGAUCAUGGCUAUUUCAAUGAUAAAUACAAACAGUGUGCCAACUGGUUGGCCCAGGCCCAAGGACGAUACGACGACUGCUGUGAUUUGUCUGCCGUGGGAUCCCGCGAUGAUCUAUUGAAGAAACAGAUGGUUAUCCAGGAACUGCUGGCCCAACAGCCCACGGCCACGCAGCUGCUGAACAGCACUGUGGAGCUGGGGGAGAAAUGUUAUGGUUCAACGGCCACCGAGGGUCGCGAGGCCAUUCGCAGCCAGCUGGAUGACCUGACGUUCGAUCAACUGUUUGACAACAUUGCUAUUACGGCGAGGAAAAUCCAGGAUAAGAUUGCCAAGUGGUCUGGAUUCGAUGAGAUUGCCGACAGCCUAAAGUCCUGGCUGGAGGAGACAGAGAAUGCUUUACCAGCGGACAUUGAACUGAAGACCACGCUGGACGAAAAGCGCACAAAACUACAGACCUACAGGGAUGUACUCAAUGACAUUAACAACCAUCAAGUGGAGGUGGGCAAUCUGCAAGAGAUUGCCGCAAAUCUUCCCGAGAAAACAGAGCAUGUUGAUGGAAUCCUUAAGGAUAUAGCCGAACGCUUCGGGAAGCUACAGAAGCGCGGGCAAUCCUUUGUGGAGCGCUAUGAGGGCAUCGUGAGUGCCCAUCAGCAGUACUCGAAGGCGGUGAUGGAUGCCCAGGAGUUCAUUGAUGCCACCCUCAAUACGGUUCAUUAUUGGGGGGACUUGGACCUGGAACAGAUCUCCCUGCACACGAAUCUGGAUCGUUUGAAGAACCUCAAGGCCAGUCUGGCCGAUGAGUUUCCUCGCGUGGAUCAAGUGCGUGCUUUGGGCGAGAAGGUCAUCCCCGGUACCGUGGAUGUGGGUCAAGUGAAUAUCAAGUCCCAGAUCGAUACAACGCAACAGGAAUGGGAGGGUCUCCUUGCCGCCAUUGGCUCCACCAUCGAGGGUAUAGAGUCGCGUCUCCAACACUGGUUGGAAUACGAACAGUUGAGGGAUCAGUGUCUCGCGUGGAUACGCGAUACCGACAACAAUCUGCAUGCCAUUGAUCUGAAGGAAGAUCUGCCCAAGAAGCGCACACAAUUGGAUGCUCUGAAGGCACUCCAAGGCGAUGUGAGGGCCAAGGAAUUGGAGGUGGAUAAUGUCACAGAGAAGGCACAGACUCUCCUGAAGGGCCACCGGUCUUCGGGUCCCGAAUUGGUCGCGAAAUACCAGCAGAUCUUCCACAAGGUGAAGGAACUGAACAAUCGCUGGCAGCAAUAUGUCUCCACACACGAGGACUUUGAUAAUUCCUUAAACGAUUGUACGUCCUGGAUCAAUGACAUCAAGGAGAAGCUCGACUACUGCUCGGACAUGUCUUCGAUGAGCCAAAAAGAACUGGACAAGAAACUGGCCACCAUUCAGGAUGUCAUACUCCUCAAGGAUGAGGGCUCUGCGCGCGUUUUGAAGAUCUUGGAACAGGCCCAACAUGUCCUGGCCAAUACAGCGCCUGCGGGCCAUGAGGCCAUCAACAGGGACCUCACCGAUCUACAGGACCUGUGGUCUGGCAUUGCCCUGCGCAUAAUGGACGUGAAAUCGAAUCUGGACGACUCGAUAACCCAAUGGUCGGGCUUCCUCGAUCAAGUGCAGAAUGUGCGCAAGUUCAACGAAUGGUUGGAGGCUCUCUUGAAGGAAUUGCUGGAGAAUCAGACCACAAUGACGGAAAAGCGAGCACAGCUCGAUCGCGUCAAGUCCACGGAGGAGAAGGUGCGCGUGGAGAAGAUCGAUGUGGACGCAUUGAAGGUACAGGCCAAGGAAAUGAUUGCCAGCGGGCAGCAGAGUCAGGCGGCCUACCAGGCCCAGAAGGUGUUGGACAACUUCGAUGAAUUGUUUGGGAAGACACAAAAGCUGCUGUCGGACCGUCAGGAUCAGUACAGGGAUCAUCGUUUGUUCAAGGAGGCAUACGAUGAUCUCGUUAGCUGGAUAGGUCGCGCCCGGGAGAAGUUCCCCGCCCUGAAACAGAGCAGCUUGAGCGACAAACUGGCCAUUGAGAAUGCUGUCCAGGCCACAGAGGCCCUGCUCAAUAAGCAGGCCCAAGGGGAACUGUUGGUCGAGCAUCUAGUGCACACGGGCGAAGUGGUGCUCGCGAGUACCUCCACGCAGGGACAGGAGAUCAUACGGAAUGACAUACGCGCCCUGCGCGACAGCUUUGAGAGUCUGUUCCGUGAGAUCAAUCAGCAGAAGGAGAACCUAGAGGUCACCAUGGUUCAGUGGCGUGCCUACAAAGAGGAGUACGAACGUCUCAUGGAAUGGCUGCAGCAGAUUGAUAUACUGGUCAAGAAUCACAAGCUCAAUCUGUGUCCCAAUCUGCCGGACAAGGAGAAGCAGGUCGCAGACAUGAAGGAUGUGAUGUCGCGACUGGAGAAGGGCAAAGAAGACAUUGAUCGAUUCAAUGCCUCGGCUGCCAGUCUCCUCAAGUCCCAUCUGGAUACGUAUGUGAACAAUCAACUGCGGCACCUGAGCUCUGUCUAUCAGGUCCAAGUAAAUCUGGCCAAGGAUGUGCUGAAAAAGGUCGAAACGAACCGAGAUCAGCAUCGUGAAUACGACUGCAACAUGCGGUCGGCCAAGGACUGGAUAGCCCAUGCCAAGACGGCCAUUCAGUCGGCCGGCGAUGGUGCUGGCUCCAAGGAGGCCCUCCAGCGCCGCCUCGAACAGAUUCAGGACCUGAUACGAAACCGGGAAGUGGGUCAAAAUCUCGUCCACACGGCCAUCAAUAAUGGUGAAAAGAUUAUACGCAACACGCGCUCGGAUGGCAGGGAUGCGAUCAACAGCGAAAUGAAGGAGCUGCAAACGGAAUGGGACAGACUCGUGAAGAAAAUGUCCAAUGCCAAGGUCCAACUGGAGACGAACCUGCUGCAGUGGGCGGACUACAGCUCCAGCUACACGCAGCUGCAGCAAUGGAUCACCGACAGGGAGGCGAAGCUCCAGCAGGCCUGCGAGCAGAAGAUUGUCAAAUCAAAGCGGGGUCAACCGGGUCUCAGUAGUGGCCUGAGCGAGCGCAAGGCCAAUCUCCGACAGACGAACAACAUUGUCCAGGAUAUUGUGUCCUUCGAGCCGAUGAUCCAGUCGGUCGCGUCCAAGGCUUCCGAUUUGCAGCAAGGAGCCCCAGCCACAGAGAUAUCCGACAAGUACGAGAAUCUCACAAAGCAAGCCAAGGAUCUGUAUGAGAAGCAGAAGACAACCAUCGAGAGCUACCAGUCGCUGAUCGAUGCCGGCAAUGACUUUGCCACAUGGCUGCGCAAUGCCAAGGAGCGGCUAAGCAAGUGCUCCGAGCCGACAGGCGACAAGCAGGCGCUCGCCGAGAAGACCCACCAGCUGAAGAUCCUCCAGGGCGAAGUGCCCGAGGGUGCGCAGAAGCUAAAGAAUGCCCUGGAGCAGGGCGAGAUUGCCUGCCGCAGUGCGGAGCCCGAGGAUUGUGAGAUCAUAGAGCAGGAGGUGGCCCUACUCCAAGAGGAGUUCGAUGCCUAUGUGGAGGCCUUGAACAAAGCCAAGGACUACCUGGAGGUGGGAAUUGUUAAGUGGUCCGACUACCAGGAUCAGUACACCGAAGCCCUGGAGUGGCUGAGCAAAACAGAGGCUCUGGUACAGUCCUACAACAAGUUGCAGGAUAGCCUCACACAAAAGAAGGUCGUCCUCGAGCAAUUCCAGGGACAUUUGCAGACCCUCUUCGACUGGCAGAAGACCCUCGAUCAUUUGAAUAUGAAAGCCCAAGUGCUGCUGGAGACCUGCUCCGACACGCGCAUCAGCAAUGCCAUCAUGCAGCUGACGACCAAAUACAACGCCCUGUUGACCCUGGCCAAGGAGGUGAUGCGUCGCCUGGAGAUGCACUACCAGGAGCAUCAACAGCAUCACUCCCUCUACGAGGAGUGCCAGUCGUGGAUCGAGAACACGCGCGAGAAGCUAGCCGAUUGCGAGCACAUACCCAGCACUCUGAAUGAAGUCCAGAUCAAACUGAACACUGUCAAGAAUCUCCGUCAAGGCUUCGAGACGGGUCAGAACAAGCUGCGGUAUCUGCUGGAGCUCAAAGAAAAGGUGAUCAUGAACACGGAACAGAAUGGUGCGGCCAAGAUUCAAGAAGACACCGAGGCCCUCAAACAGGACUUUGAUAAGCUGCUGGUGGAUCUCAACGAUGUGCGCCAGAAGUUGGCCAACCGCUUGGCCCAGCUGGAGGAGAUCUUCAAGCUGUACAAGAUCCUCAUCGAGUGGCUGGACGAGACCGAGCCCAGUGUCAAGGCCAGCGAUGAGUAUCUCAAUGAUUUGAGCGAGAAACGCGCUGCCCUCGAGAAAUUCCGCGUCAUCCAGCGUGAUAUCAACGGACACAACGACAUUGUGGAGAAGAUCAAUCUGCGUUUGCGUGAGGACAAUAGCCUGGAUGUCAACGACUUCCAACCGGGUCUCGGCAAAUUCGAGAAUCUUCAAGGGGAGGUCAACAAGAUCAUAGAGUCCCUGGAGAACCAGGUCAACAGCCACGAGAAGUACAAGCAGGCCUACAAUGAGCUGCAGGACUGGCUGCGUCGCACUCGCAUCGAUGUGGAGCAAUGCGCCGACUGCCAUGGCGAAAAGGAUCAGGUGGAGAGUCGUCUUAAUCGAUUGGGUGACAUACAGGCCACCUCUCUGGAAGGCAAAUCCCUGCUGGAUGCCUGCGAGGAGCUCAGUCAAGCGGUCAUAGCCACCAGCGGCCGCGAGGGUCAGGACAAUGUGGCGCAGGAGAUCAAACACUUGACUGCCGAAUGGGAGACUCUCCAGGCAAUGUCGCGUGAUGCGCGCAGCAGUCUGGAGACCUGCCUCAAUGCCUGGCAGACCUUCCUGCAGAAGUUCAACAAAAUCAAUCUGUGGAUCGAGACGAUGAGCAAGCGCGUUACCAAAUCGCAGGAAGCCGAAAACAAAACCACCGAAGAUUUGGUUAAUGCCAAGAAAUUACUCGAGGAAGUGCUCGCCGAGAAGGACAAUGUCGAGGAUUUGAACGACAACUGUGAGCUCUUGAUGGAGCAGAGUGCCUGUACACGGAUACGCGAUCAAACUAUUGAAACGCAGGCCAAUUACACCAAACUAUUGACCUCUGCCCAGGGACUGGUGGCCAAGAUCGAGAAGAAUCUGUCGGAUCACACAGAGUUCCUCAACUACAAGAAGGAAAUGGAUGCUUGGAUAGAGAAGGCACAGCAAGUUCUCAACGAUUGCAGUACCGAAGGGGAUGCUUCGAUCAUAGCCCAGAAAUUGGAUACAGUCAAUUCUCUGACUUCUCGUCUGCCCGAGGGUCAGCAUUUGUUGGCCUUGGUGCAAGAUGCCUACUCGAAGGCCUCCAACAUCACGCCCGAGGACAAGCAGGAGAAACUGCGCGAGCUGAUGACCAAAGUGCGCGAGGACUGGGAUGCCUUGGGUCUGGCUGUCAAGCAGAAGUUGAGCGACCUGAAGCAAGCCCAGAAUCGCUGGAGCGACUUUGCCGCCAACAAGGACAAGCUCGAGAAGUGGCUAAGCGGGACAGAGAAGACGCUGAAGGCGGCGCCCGAGACCAAGGGAGAGCUCAGCGAAAUGAAGACUCUUCUCGAGCGCUACAAGACGUUGGGCAAUGAGCUGAAGCAGAAGGGCAACGAUCUGGAGCAGCUGCAGUCGGAGGCCCGGGAGUUGGGCACCGAAGUGGAUGCCGUCAAUCGCUUGCAGUCGCGUUGCGACAAGCUAAAGAACGAUUGCUCGUCGCACAUUAAGGCUCUCGAGCAGGAGAUGCUCGACUACAAUGCGUACCAUCAGAGUUUGCAGGAUGUGGAGAAGUGGCUGCUGCAGAUCUCCUUCCAGCUGAUGGCCCACAAUUCGCUGUUCAUCUCGAAUCGCGAACAGACCCAGGAGCAGAUCAAACAGCACGAGGCAUUGCUCUCUGAAAUACAGAAGUACCAGACCAAUCUGGAUGACCUGAAUGCCAAGGGUCAGGCGCAGAUUAAACGCUAUGAAUCCACCACUCCAGCCAUCCGUCCCACGGUCGAGUCGCAACUGAAGAACAUCCAGGACAGCUACAACUCCCUGCUGCAGACCUCAGUGCAGAUCAAGAAUCGCCUGCUGGAAUCACUGGCAAAGUUCCAGGAGUACGAGGAUACCCUCGACAGCAUCAUGCGGAAUCUGGAGGCCUACGAGCCGAUUAUUCAGACCGAACUGGAUGCACCGGCGACCAGCUUAGAGCUGGCACAGAAUCAACUCAGGUGCGCCCAAGAAAUGCAGCACAAGUUGAACAACGAAAAGUCCCGACUGGCAGCCGCCGUGCAGGCCUGUGAAGCCGCCACUGCCUCGAUUAGUCGUCCCAGCUCUCCGCUGGAGACGGCCAUGCAGGCCAUACCCGAACGUGAAUUGAUUGUGCGCGCCAAGCUUGAAGAUCUGCUGGAUCAGCAACCGCCGCAAAAGACUCGGAGCUCAACCGACGAUAUCGAUGAAGAUGAUGAUGAGAUCCAAGUUGAGCUCAGCGAUGUCCAUGAGGCGCGUUUGGAUCCGAUUGCCCAUGAGCGUGUCAGCAACUAUCGUCGCAUAGUUCGCCUGAAUAGUGCCCAUGUGAGUAAGCUGCACGAACUCGUCGCCAAGGUGCAAUCCCAUUUGGGUGGUUUGACUGCAUCCGUUGGCGAAUUGGAGCAACAGCAGAAGCAGCGCGCCGAGCUGCAGGAUUGGGUUAAGAAGCAACAGAGCUCCGUCUCCGACUGGUCGAUGCGUCCAAGCAAACUCCGUCCCGAGGCGGCACAACAGGAGCUUGUGGCGAUGAAUGAUCUAUUGAAUUCCAUUGGCGAUAAACGCUCGCAAUUGAUGCUGGAAAUGACUGGAUCAUUGGGCGAUGAGGACACAGAUUUGGAUGACAACAUCGACAAGCUGGAAUCGGAGCUAAUGGAUGCCAUUGCCAAGAAGCAGGCGGGCCAGAAUGUCAUCGAUGGCUACCGCCAGGGCAUGCAGGAUGUCCAAAAUUGGUUCGACACACUCAUCAAGCGCAUGGAUGUCCUGGAUCGCGGAUCGGGCCUGAAUUGCGCCCAAAAGACGGCCGCCAUUAAUGAGAUCAAAAACGAAUACGAACUCCAGGGUCAUCCCAAGAUCCAGGAGCUCAAGGGUAAAGCCGCACAGGUGGCAGAGGUUAUCAGCAACCUGGAUGGCCAGCAGGUCGAAGAGCAAAUGAAAUCUCUGGAUCGUCGCUUUGCCGAUCUCGGCAAGCGCAUCGAUCGCAAGGCCCAGCUCCUGGAUGUCACCAACAAGGGUGUGGAUGGAGCCAAGGGUGAGAUUGACCAGCUCCAGAAUUGGGUGAAGCAACAGAUCGACGAGCUGCAGGCCCCCACUCCUCUGGGAUACACACCCAAGGAUGCCGAGGCGCGUCAGCAGAAGAUCAAGAGCCUGAUGAAGGAUGCCGAAGCAAAGCAAUCCCUGGCUGAUGUCCUCGAGAAGCGUAUUGCCAACAUGCAGCCGGAAUUGGAGCCAGCAGAGUACUCCCAACUGGAGUCUGCUCUGAGGAACCUCAACACGGAGAAUCGUAAUCUGGCUGGCGUGCUAAAGGCCGAACUGGAUCGCGCUCUGGAGGCUAGCAAGGCACGAAAGGGCCUGGAAAACGAUCUGGACAAGGCCCGUCAAUGGCUCAAGACAAAGAUCUCGGAGGUGCGCAAGCUACCCGUCUAUCAUCCAUUGACCUCUGGAGAGAUUGAGAAGAAACUGCAGGAGAACAAAAAAUACGACGAUGAUGCCAAACAGUUCAACGACAGUGUACUCAGCGAUGUCCAACGUCAGGCAGCAAACAUCAUGAAGGAUUGCGAUGACGGGGACAAGGCUGCCCUACAGCAGAUCCUCGACGAAAUAGCCGCCGACUAUCAGACCCUGAAGGACGAGAGCAGCAAGCGAGGCAAAUCUUUGGACGAUCUACUCCAGGGACGCAAGGCCUUCGAAGACUCGAUGAAGAAGAUGGGCGACUGGCUGAACGAAAUGGAAACGGCCACCGAAGGUGAGCUAAGGACCACCAGUUUGCCUGUCCUGGAAGAGCAGCUGGCGCACUACAAGAAGCUGCUACAGAAUGCCGAGAAUAUGGGCGGCCUCUGCAACGAUGUAUCCGAGCAGGGCAAGAGUAUCUUGCCAACCCUAAGCAAUGCCGAUAAACUCAAACUAAACGAUGACAUUAAGAACAUGAAGGACCGCUAUGGACGUGUAAAGAAUACUAUCGAUGAUAGGGUUAAUGCCUUAGGCGACCAUAUCAAGAAGUACAAGGAUGCCAAGAGUCGUUUGGCCGAUUGCAGUCAGUUCCUGAGCACCAUUCAGCAGCGCAUGCGUGAGCUGAAUCGCCCGAUUGGCUCGAGGAUCGAGGAUGUCCAGGAUCUGUUGGGUGCCUACGAGGGUAUACUCAAGGAACUGAAGGACAGCAAGAGCAAGAUGGGUGACAUGCAGAUGGAUGAUCUGCCUGAAUUGCAGAGCAUUUUGGCCCAACAGGAUGAUAUGAUCAAGCUGAUUGAAGACCAGUUGGCCCAUCUCCGUCAGCUUUUGCUGCUUCGCGAACAGUUUAUUGCGCUGAUCAAUGAGAUCAUAUCCUUUAUCAUGAAGUACACCGAUGUGAUCAUUGACAUUGAGAACUCCCCCGACAGCCUGGAGGAUAAGAUCAACAAGUAUGACGAUGUGAUUGUCAAGAUUCAAGAGUGCGAGGGUGUCCUGGCCUCGGCCAACGACAAGGGCCAGAAGAUCGCCUCUGAGGGCAAUGCUGCGGACAAGAACAGCAUCACCGAGCAGCUGCAGUCUCUGAAAAACCAACUGCAGAAUCUCCGCAAGGCCGUGGAGUCACAGCGACAGAAGCAUCAGCUUCAGCUGGAGUCCCACAAGAAGAUGGGCGCGGAGCUAAGCGAAAUUCUCGAUUGGCUGCACAGCCAUGAGGGCGCAGCCAAAUCCCGUCCCCUGCUCGAUCGUGAUCCAGAGUCGGUGGAGCGUGAGCUGCAGAAACACCAGAGCCUCAGCCAGGACAUUGACGCCCAUCUGCAGAAGUUCAACAAGAUUAACGAUGGCGUAAAGACGGAAAUCGGAAUGCCCAGCUCUCUGCUGGAAAUGCUUUCCGAGGGUCGUUCCCUGGUGGCCUCCCUGCCGCACGAGCUCGAGGACCGCGAGAAGUAUCUGAAGAACAACCGCGACUCCCGGCUGGAGUACAUGCAACUGGUGGCCAAAUUCAACGACUGGGUCCACGAGGCUGAGCUGCGUCUGCAGAACAGCCAGCAUGGCAUCGACUAUGAGCAUCUGGUCCACGACCUGGACGAGCACAAGAUCUUCUUUGGCAACGAGGCACCCAUCCGCAAUCUGGUGCACAAGCAGAUCCAAGAGGCAGCCGACAAGAUCUGGUCGUCGCUCAACAACUACGAGCAGUCGGAGUUAUCCUCCGAAUUGGCCCAGUUCCAGAACAAACUAACCAACACCCUGGCCAAUGCCAAGACCCAGCAGAGCGAACUGGAGCAGGAGGCCGAACGCUGGCGCGAAUAUCAGCAAUCGAUUGAUCGCGUUAAGGCCACCAUUGAGCGCACCAAAUUCAGCGAUGAACCCGUACAGAAUUUGGCUGGAGUGCACUUUAACAUACAGAAGCUGUCCCAUGCCAUUGGAAAUGUUCAGAGUCAAAGCAGCGACCUUUCUCUGGUUAACCAACAAUCGCAGGCCCUCAUACGCCAGGCGGACGCACGCAAUCGCCAAUUGAUUGAGAAGGAUAACGGUGACCUGAAUCGCUUGUGGCAGGAACUGGUACGCAGUCUCGAACAGCGUCGCGAUAAUCUGCAACAGUUGGCCGAGCACUGGGAUAGCUUUGAGAACAGCUUGCACGGCUGGGAGAAGGCAUUAGGUCGACUAGAGGAUAAGUUCCGCAAUGUCGAUCCAACUGUAAGAUCCCGACGUCAUUUGGAAGAUACAAAGAAUGCCAUUCAGGAAUUACGUGAAGAAUCAAAUCAACUUAAAUCAUCACAUAAAGAAAUCGAGACUCUCUCAAAAUCCAUCCUCACAUUCCUUGGGGAAGUACACAAACCCUCGGCGGAGGCCAUACAGGCCAAAGUGGAUAAGUUAGUUGAACAACAGGCCAAAUUGAACGACACGCUACGCGAGAAGGAGCAACAGGUUAGCCAGGAUCUCGACGAGAUCGAGCAAGUCUUCCGUCGCAUUUCGCAGCUGCAGGACAAGUUGAACGCCUUGAACGAUCAACUGCAAUCGAUACACGUCUACGACGAGCACAUUGCCCAAACGGAACAGGCCCUGAUCACCCUCAACAGCCAGGUGCAGCAGGCGGCCGAGGAGAGUCGUUUGCUGGUUAGCCAGACAACGGCCAAAUAUCAGGCCAAGCAGAAUCUACUGCCCAGCGACAUUGCCCAGGAGUUUACCGCUCUUGAGUUGCUUUCGGAACGUGUACAGGUGACGAUGGAGACCAAAGAGAAGGAUUUCAAGCGUGCCAAGACCGUGCGCACCGAGUAUGUGGCCGGUGUGGAUGAGAUCCAGCGCUGGCUGCUGCAGGCCGAAGUGCAGGUGCAGGAGCGCACCCUGAGUCCCACACAGAUGAAGGAGCUGCUGCAGCGCAUCAAUCAUGAGAUCACCGCCAUAUACGAACGCUUCACCCUGGUCAAGACCAACGGCCAGCUGAUUAUCGAGAAUUGCCGCAACAGUGAGGAGAAGACACUGGUGCAGACGACCAUCGAUCAGUUGGCCGCAUCCCUGGCCCAAGUUCGGGGCUGGUUGGACGAGAAGAAGCAGGCGGUGGGCGAUAGCCUGGAUGCUUGGACGAGAUUCAUGAAUCUGUAUCAGAUUGUCAUGUCCUGGGCGGCGGAGAAGCGUACGUUUAUCGACCAGUCGAUCGACUUGCGCACCCUGCCCGAGGCCAGGAACAAACUGAACGACUAUGUGGCGGCUGUGAAGAGUAUUAAACCGAUUGUCAAGCAUUUGAGCGAAAUGGAUAAGGAACUGGAACACAUUGGCCAAGUGACGACUGUGGGCGAUCUCAAGGAUAAACUGCAGGAGGCCGAGGAUGCGAAGAUAACCGUGGAAGCGGUGCUGCUGGAGAGGAACUCUCUGCUGCAAGAGGCUUGCGAGGAAUGGGAUCAAUGCGAACGCAAAAUCAAGGACAUACGCGCCUGGCACGAGAAGACCAAACAGGGCCUCGACUCGUCGCAGCAGCAGAAGAAACCGCUGCGCGAUCAGCUUGGGUUCUGUGAGAAGACCCUGGCCGAUAUAAAUGUGCAAAAAACAAAACUGAGACUGUCUAUCGAGAAGCUGGAGGUUCACUUCCGCAAUGGCAUGGGUGGUGAUCCACGCCUUAGCGAGAAUGUUGACGAUCUGGUGCGCGUGCUCGAUGGCUUGGGUGAAUUGGUGAAGGCCAAGUCCCAGAGCCUCGAACAGACGCUCGCCCAGAUCGAUGUCUACCAGCAGCAGAUGCAAACGCUGCGGCAGCGCAUCAUCCAGGAGGAGCAACAGCUGCGUCUGGUGAUGGCGCCCACCUACUUGCCACACGAUCGUGAGCGAGCAUUAGCCGAUCAACAGGCAAUGCGGGAAUCAAUCGAUGGCAUGCAGCAGAUCUACGAUGCAACCGCCAGAAAGUCCUAUGCUCUGGAUCCCCAUUCAGUGGUAACCACUUCAUCGACUGUGUCGUUGCUUAUGAAGCCAACGGCCGUAGGUUUGACCUAUGCUGAAGUGUUAUCGGGACAAACGAGUCCGGUAAGCGGUAAUGAGACGACCCAAACAGCAGCCCCAACGAGAAAACCCAGACAAGAACCAGUAUCCUCCCCAGCUACGACACAAACAACAACAACGACAACGAACUGGCAAGAACAACAACACCACCAAGAAACGACAAACAAUCAGACAACAAUUACAACAACCAUUACGACUACGACAACAUCCACGACAUUGAAACGUACGCACGACGAAGACCAGAUCGAACUGCACGGAGGCGGUAUAACCACUGCGAUCUAUGAGAGCAGAGAUCUGGUUCAGGUUCCCCCCCAACAGGUUACACCAACACCACCAAUCGAGAGUUAUGUGGAGUCGAUCGAGAUCAGCAACAGCAACAGCAGCAGCAGCACGGCACAACAGCAACAAGUUCCUAACCAACCUCAGACUCAACCUCAAUCAACCACCACCAACCCCAUCAGCAGUCAACAGUUCAUUGACAGCGAACAGCAAUAUCAUGUGAAAACGGGUAAGAAUCUACAGCCUCCCAAUCGGCCAGAACGUCGCGGACGUUCGCCGAGACGUCGACGAGAGCCACCUACAAUCCAACAGGAGCAGCAACAGCAACACCAGCACCAACAGGAGCAGCUCUUCUUGCCAUUGGACGAUCGUACCCGAUCGAGUAGCCCCAUGUGGGUGCCCGGUUCGACGUCCUAUGCGGAGGUAUUGCGCGGGCUGGAACUGGAGCGUCUCAAGCAGCAGGCAGCCGAGCAAAUGGCCGCCCAAGGCGUCCAGAGUCAUACGGCUGAUAUCACCAUACAGGAUGUGGUGGAUGCCAGUGCCGCCGUAGCAGCCAGCAUGUAUGUCCCCGAAGCAGAGCCAGAAAUUAUCGAGGAACCAACAACACACCAGCAAUAUAUCAGCGAAGUCAAUCCAGAACAUGUCUAUGUUUCUGCCCAACAACAGCAGCAGCAACUGCCACAGCUUGUAGAAAGUGCCAACAAUUACGAGGUGCCCAUGACAGCGGAGGAGAUUGCCGCCACUUACUUGCAGCCCGAUCCACAGCUGUAUCAAACGAUGUACGAGAAUGUGGCUGAUAGUGGCCAGUGGGGCUAUGUGGCGAAUGCCAGUACAGUGCCCCAGCAGGAGCAGCAGCAGCAGCAACCGCAGAACUACUAUGAACAAAUCCUGCAGAUGCAAUAUCCCCUGCAAUACCAGACCGUGGCAGUACAGCCGGCGACAACACAGUUUCAACUGCUGCCCGGCUACUACCAGCCCAUAGCCACAACCGACACUUACUCAACGCUCUAUCCCACAGAGCCAUCGCAGAUUUACUUUACCCAACCGACGGUAGAGUAUUCGCAGGAGUAUCAAACGCAGCAACAACCUCAGCCUCAGCAGGAAAUAACUAACCAAACCGUAGUCUAUCAACCGGAGACGGUAGAGCAGACCUAUCUGCUAGAUCCCUACAGCGUACAGGAAUCGACGACAGGUAACAGCGUGCUGGAUCGCGUUGUCACCACACUCGCUUCGAUGGUGCAGCAGAGCACGGAACCAUUGACCACCAGUACGCAGCAGAUUCAGCCCACUGUGGUACAGAUCGAACCCGAAGAAGACCCCCAGUAUUAUAUCGAAGAGAAUGUGCAAAUACUGAGGUCUGUGGAGCCACAGGAGUUUGAGGUUGACGAGCCACGACCAGACAUUACCUUUGGGCAGUUUGAGAUGGAUGCCAUUGAGACGAUACCCGUUGAUGUGCAACCACAGCCACAAGUGCAGGCCCAGCCUCAAGUCCAACCACAACAGCAAUCCACUGUCGUAACGACAACAAGCUAUGUUCAAGAAACUGUUGUCUCAGAACAGACGACGGAACAGCCAACUGUGAUAACUCAGCAGGUCCAGACUCGAUCAGAAGUCCCCGAAACGACCCCAGCGACCACAGUCACUGUGCGUCCCCAAGCCCAACGUGUACAGCAGCAGCCAAUCCAGCCACAGGAUAUCAGUGCCGGUAGUACUUAUGCCGAAGUCCUGUUCGGUCUACAGCACAAAGAACUGCAACAGCAAUCAGUUUUCCAGCCAUCCAGUCAGCAGCUACAGCAGAUACCCGUACGCUUAUCGCCGCCAACACAACGCAGAGCAGCAGCUGAACACACAACCAAUACGAAGCAUACAACAGUUACUACCACAACGAUUACCAAUUCAAGAAGAUCGCCAACUUGGGAGCGCAGGGACGAUAAUAUUGAGUCGAGGACAUCGCGUCCAAAGCGGGUGCGACAUGAAACGCAACCCGAACCAUUGCCGAUCAAGGUGAGCACUCGUAAGGAUACCAAAUCGAGCAAGAAGCACAGAUCUCCGGAGAGCAAUGGUGUGGAAAGCACGAAAGUGGUGCAAGAAGUGGUUGAAGAACACACCAAACAGCCAGAGCCAAAGCCAAGAAAGUCAAAGAAAUCGAAAAAGACAACCGACAAUGCAACAAUUGUUGAUGUAGUCCAGUUGGUGGAGCCCAAAGUAGAAGCACCAAUGGUGUCCAAUAAGGAGAAAAAUCAGACAUCCCCCAGUCUGGAGAAAAAGCAAUCCUCUCCUGUUCCUAAGAAGGAAUCACCUGCUGUGGAGCGAAAGCGGAACUCUCCUAUAGCAAGCCGAAAGAUAGCAUCACCUGUUCUGGAGCGAAAGCAAACCGUGGUAGAGACUACUGUUACCGCCACCCAAACGGUUGACCCUGUUGUGUUGGAGGUCAGUUUAGCUCCUGAGCCAACAUCAAAGAAGGAAAAGAAGCAAACCACUAAACCAGUAGCGGAAAAGGCUCACAUCAGCAAGCAAUCUGGAGAUCCAGUCAAGGAAAAGGCAACUGUAAAGUCCGAAGUGGUUGAAGUGAAGGAGGAAGUUGAAACUGUCGUAGCUAAAAAGGAUGUUCCAGCUCCAGUUGCGCCCUCCCGGAAGGAAAAGAAACAGUCAAAGACGACAGUGGAGAAGGUUGUCAUCAGCAGCACCAAAUCUGUUGAACCAAUCAUCGAAAAGGAUAUUGUGGAAACAGUCAUCGAACAGAAGAUUGUGGAACCAAUCAUCGAAAAGGAUAUUGUCGAAACAGUCAUUGAAAAGGAGAUUGUGGAACCAGUCAUCGAACAGAAGAUUGUGGAACCAGUCAUCGAAAAGGAAAUUGUGGAAACAGUCAUCGAAAAGGAGAUUGUAGAACCAGUCAUUGAAAAGGAGAUCGUCGCACCAGCUGUGAUUGAAACCAAGGAGCAAAUCGAAGGCCUGAAGAGCCACAUCGAAGCAGGACAAUCUACGCUUUCGAAGAGGGAAAAGAAACAGACUAAAACAGUUGUGGAGACUACAGUUAUCAGUACCAAGACAAUUGAGCCAGCUACGGAGUCGGAGUCUGUCACAGGGAAGAUUGCUGAAGCGAAAAUGAUUACGGAGAAAAUUGAAUCGGAACCAGUCAAAGCGAAGGAGAUUGUAGAGCCGGAUCCCGUUGCAGAGAAAAAAAUUGAUGAGCCUGAAGUUACAGUUUCGACACCCACAAAGAAGGACAGAAAACGUUCCAAGAAGGAGGACAAACCUGAAACUACCUCUAAGAUAGAGGUAGCCGUUGCUCCGGUGGAGGAUGUUCCAGUGAUUGUUGAUUCAAAAACCACAACAGAGACUGUUACGGUAGUCACUGAAAGCAAUGUUGUGGCCGAACCCAAAGUUAAGUUUGAGGAAACAGUUCAGAAAACGGUUGAAAUACCAAUUCCAGAAGUUAUACUCGCAGUAACAGCACCUGAGCCAGUAAUUGAACCCGUAAUAGUGGCUAGAACGGUGUCAGAGCCCGUGGAAAUUCCCUCACACGAUUUAAUUACAACCACAGAAACGCUGACAGAAGCCCUGAAUGGUAGUCCAGUAUUGCAGGAGAGUACGUCCGUAAGUCCCGUCUCUACGGAAAUCAGUGAGACCAUCACUGAGGGCGAACCUGCAGUCACGAUAUCGACCAACACAAUAUCAACGGAAAGUGGAACCACAACCAUCACCACGCGUACAAUAACCAAACACAUAACAAAGCGUAUAGUCAAGCGCAUUGUGGAUGGUAAAGAGGAGAUUGUCGAGGAAGAUGUGAUUGAUGAUUUGCCCGAGGAGAAUAUCUCCGUGCAGCAGUUCAAUCUGCCGACAAUUGAAACCACAAGUAGCGAGGUGCCCGUUGAUGUGACUGGACUCUUAACCACACAGGAUACCAUCGUGCAACAGGGAUCGAUAACCAAGACGACGAUUACCAAGACAAAACGCAUACUGAAGCGUAUCACCGAGGACGGGGAGGAAAUUGUUGAGGAGGUCUUUGAGGAUGAACCAGAAGUGGAGAGAGAUGUUACGCUGCUGCCAACGACAGUGGUAACCUCUUCGUUUACCACAACGGAGGAGAAACAGCAUCAAUCUAACAUCGAGGAGGCUGCCCAGAACGUGGUUGCGGAAGUCAUCAAACAAGCCGAAGAGACAAUCCAACCGGAAGAGCAAAAGUCAACUAGUGAGGACAAUAAAAAGGCCAAGAAGGAACAGCCCAUUUCGGAACCCGAGAAACCAUUGUUGGUUAUAGAACCGGAAGCAACGAAGGAAGUUGCGGAGGAACCGCAGCAAAAGAAGCCCCAAAAGCCUUCCCGUAAGGACAAGAAGAAACACAAGAAAUCGGAAAGCGAUGCCCCCACACCCAUUGUCCAAAAGAUAGCCGAAGUUAUCGAGCCACAGCCACAACAAGAAAUCACAGAGCCCCUGAACAUAACAAGUGCAAUUACUACGGAUGAGAGACAAACGCUGUCAUCGGAAGGAUCUGCUGUCAAUAGUGAUGAUGGCAGCAGCCUCAUUAAAACGACUGUCAUUCGUACAACCAAAAUCGUCAAGAAAAUCAGCAGCAGUCAGCAAGAUAGUCAGGAUAUGUCAUCUUCCACGCACUCGGACGUCCAAUCCCUGGGCUCCUUUGACCUGGCCGAAGAAGCUGUCGAACAGAUCGAACCGAAGAUUGAGAAAUCCGAGACGAACAGUCGCGAAAUAAGCGAUGAGGGUGUGGUCAAGACAACUAAAACCACAACCACUCGGACCAUCAAGAGCCCAAAAACCGAGGAAGUACCCGUUGAAGCUACAUGGGAAGUGCCAACUGAAGAGGAGCCUGCAGUCGCCUCUCGUUCGGAGAUCGAGGAGCCUGCCGAGGGUGGUGUAGUAAAAACCACCAUUGUGCGCACCACGAAAAUCGUGAAGAAGAUUUCCCAGGAGAAUGAAAAUAUCAGCGAGACAAGCAGUGAAGCCGAGACUUCUCUGGACUUCAUUCAGGAUGCUCCCCUAGUGGCUGAAUCCGUGACCACGGAAUCCAACAGUGAGGGCAUCACAAAGACCACAACUACACGAACCACAAAGGCUGUAAAUAAAAGUGUAGAUGAAGAAGCUCCUGUUGCUCCGGAAGAUAAGUGGCUGACCACAUCAACAGCUAUUCCUAACGUGCCGGAUACGACUGAAAUAAAAACAACCAUUCUAGAUUUUAUUUCUGCAGAACAGAACGCAACACAAACGAUUCCAGAACCGGAACAACUCAUUGUAGAAUCCUCUGAAGUUGCAGCUCCAAUUUCAGAACCACCUCAGCAUGGAAAUGGUAUAGUUCAGGAAAUACUGGUGUCAGAGCCAGAUAACUCCGGGGUUGGUGAUGUUGUCAAGACAACAAUUACGCGAACAACGAAAAUUGUCAAGAAAAUAUCGCAAAGUAGCGAAGAACAAAGCGUUAGUGAGAUCGUUGAAGCUCCAGAAUCGGAUCAAGCGCUGCCUGUUGCUCAAGAGGAGACGAUAGGUGGUGGUGUAACCAAAACGACAACCGUGCGUACGACAAAGAUCGUGAAGAAGCUCAACGAAGAUGGUGAAACCACCAAAGAGGAGAGCAGCAGCACUACCAGUGAGCCUCCCGUCACAGUCCGUGAAUCAUCGCCAACGAUUUCAGAGAUUCCCAGUGAAACCUCCACCACAUCUAGUCAAAUCGAUGGAGCGAUUAUCAAGACCACAACGAUACGCACGAUGCGCAUUACCAAGAGAAUAACCAAUGACGGACGCAUACUCCUGACUGAAAGUGACACACCGGACGAUGUUACUGUGACAUCAAGCAUCGAAAUGCCAGAUCAAAGACCAGUGAGUCCGGUUGUAGCCACAGCCUCUUCCCCUGUCGUUGUUACUCCCAGUAACGAGUUCAAGUUGGAGAAUUUAGAGGCAACAAACAUUCAGUUGGGAUCAGUUAAAGAUAGUCCCACUGGGGUGAAGGUCAUCGGCAUUGAGACAAACACUGUCGAUGUGCCGAACCUAAGGGAACAGAUCAGAACCGAAAGUAAGACAAACGGGGAUAUAAACGAAACCGAUAGUAUUACCACUACUACGACGACUACCAGAAAUACGAUACUCACGACAACCCAACGACGCAGCUUCGAAACCGAAGAUGGCACAAAUGUUCUUUUCGUGGGAGAAGGCAUUGACGGUGCCUAUCCACCGGGCACAGUCCAAAAGAUAUCCCUUAUCACCCAUGAAGAAAAGCUGAAGACACCGAUUGUGAAAAUGCAUCUAGAUUUUCCAGAGGUUAGUCUUCGUGUGACCGAGACGGUGACGGAAAAUGUGUCUCUGCAAAGAACGACCGAAAGUAGUCAAAACUCUGUGGUUGAGGUAUUGCCAGAGACAGCAGAGCCCGUUUUAGAACCCAUUUCAACAGAAAUCCAGUCUGAAGAACUUGUCAAGAUUACAGAUUCAACAGAAACUGUAUCAGUGACGAGUAUUGCCUCUGCGGAGAUCAUUCCCGAGCCCCUUAAAGAGUCUAUCCAACCAGAAGACGUUAAAAUUACAGAAGCUACUCAAGAGAUACUGGUCCCUGAAGUUAGCAAGCCCCUGUCCCCUGCAGAAUUGAGUCCCGAAGAGCAGCAGCUGUUCGAGGACAUUCAGAAGAAGCUCUCUAAGAAAGACAAGAAGAAACGUCCGGCUAUACCCGAAGAAUUCAUUAAGCAAGAGACAGUUCAGAUUACUGUAGAAGAAAGCAAAGGUAAUGAAAUCAUUGAUGAGAAACAGGUCAUAACCGAAGUCGUCCCCUCAGUCCUCUCGGCUGAACCCGAGCAGUUGGUACCCAAUAUUUCUCAAGAUGAGGCUUUGAUAUCCAGCGUUAAGCUGAUCGAGCAGACCAAAGCAGAUAUUAUUUAUCGUGAAACUAUUGAGGUUACGCCAGUCUCUGAAAUUGCCCCCAUUCCAAGUCCAAGUCAAGAAGAAGUUCUAGUAGAUACUCAGUUAAGCCCCAGCCCAGCUCCUACUAAAACCGCUAAUCAAACUGUUCCUGCCCUAUCGAGCGCCCUAAUUGCUGAGCCAUUUGUAGCUAACACGGAGGCAUUUGACCAAGAUCUCGACGAACUGCUACAAUCGCUGUCAAGCGUCGAGGAUGGAAUCGCAAACAUGAGCCAGAGCAGCCUGGAAGGCAUGCUACAGGGACUAAAGCUAAUCCAAAAGAAUCUGGAAGUACACGAAAGGAACGCCCGCCAGCUCAAAGACCAGGCCAAGAAGUUGCCCACAGAUCCUGGAACUGAACGCAUACUGAACGAAGUCGUAGAUCGCGUUGAUUUGCUACUACGUCGUACCCAACAAGGCAUCACCAUGAUAGCCAAUGCUAUGCAUGGGCAGAAGAAGCGGCAGCAGGACAUCGAUCAGUACCAGCAGCAUUUGCUGGAGCUAGAGCAAUGGAUCAACGAGGUAACCGCUGAAUUGGCAUCCUUUGAGACCACACCGGACAGCAGCACCGAUGAGCAGGUGCUCAAGUCGCAGGUGGAACGCAGCCAGCAAUUGUUGCGCACUCUCAAGGAACGCCAGCAGUCCAUGGACGAUCUGUUGGAACAGACACGACAGCUGCAGUCGCAGGCCGAUGUGGCCCCCCUGGCCGAUACACUAAUGGAGCAACUGCAGAGCAUUCUAAUCAUUCUACGCGAACAGAUUACAGUGGCCACCACAAGGAUUUUCACCAUCGAGAAGCGCAUUGUGGACCUGCGCAAGGCCAAGAGCGACGAGGCCCAGCGACAGCGAGUGCAGGCCGAUGCCAUGAUACAGCCCCCGACACAGAUUGAGGCACACGAAUCAAUAGAGUCCAAUGAGAACACAAUUGAUUCAACCUCAAUGCCCGAGGAGGAGGUCAAACCGAAUGGUGGGGUAUAUGUGGAGACGCAAACAUCAUUUAGCCUGCAGCAGCCGCUGGCACCUAUCCAGGUGGCAACCAGCACUGUGGAGGCGCAGACUAGCUUCAAGGAGGAGCCCUUGGCAGUGGAAACCGCUGAGGUUGCCCAGCAAACGCAAAAGGAACGUACACCCACCGAGAACAUAAUGGUGACGCAAACGAUUCAGGAUGGCCAGGCAACCAUACAGAUUGACACGACCCUGAAUAAGGAUAUACCCGACAGUCCCGAAGAUGUGCAGAUUGAGGCCCGCUACCAUCAGCGACCCCAGGGCGAUGUGGAACGUGCCACCGAGCUGAUCCUGAAGAAUGUCCCACAGGCAUUUGAGACCACAUUCGUGGAGCCAGAUGAGACCACCACAGAGGUGAUUGUGGGACCCGAUGGCACCAAGCAUAUCGUUUUGAAGAAGGUCACGCGUACGCGCCAGCAGAUUGUACAGCAGCAGCAGAUCAGCUCGAUCGAGACUGUAAGCGACUCGGAUGGCAACAUUGAAGUGCAUUCGACGGGACAGAUCAAUCUGGAGAAUGUGCAGACGACAGACACCAGUGCAGAUCCACAGGAGGGAAGCUACCGCACCGUUGUCACGCAGCAAACGCGUGGCGCCGUUGUAGAUGCCUCCCAACCCGAGGCGGUAACUGUUCAGGAAUUUGAAACAGAGCCAACCAUUGAGACGUACGAAGAGAUUGUGGGUGGUCCUGGAUCAGAAGGACACUUGGCGGACAUUGGCGGUAGCAGUACCAUUCGUGCUGUUGUGCAGCAGGUGACCCGCAAGGUGAUCCGCAAGACGCGCAAGAUAAUCAAGCGAGUGGUGAUCAUCGAUGGAAAGGAACAUAUCACCGAGGAGGUGAUUGAGGAGCCCGAGGAGGUCGAGAUUACCGAAGAGGAAUCGGCGCCGCACAUCAAUGUGAAUAUUGUGCGUACAAUCAAUGGAAAAACGGUCACCGAAGAGGAGUUCCAAAGGAUGUUGCAAGAGCCGGGCGUGAUCAUUGAAGAAGUUGCUGCAGAAUCGCCGCAACAGGUAUUUGAUAUUGAGUCUACCCACGUCACCUCCACCACAGAAACAAUAACCACACCACAAGAACAAGUACAAGUACAGAUACCGCAAGAAUCAGAACAGAUACAACAGCCAGAACAACAGACACCACCUACAGAAACAAAGAUCAAAGAACCAGCACCAGUAGAGUUGCCAGCACCUUCUCAAGUAGAUGUUGCAGAACCAGUAGAUGUUGCCAGUACUACUACUACAUCCAUGAGUAUCGUUAAUGUUGCAGCAACAGAUGUAACUACAACAGAAACAGCAGCCAAUCUACCAGAUAUCGUAGAUGUAACCACAGAGAUCACAUCAUCUCAGCCUGUGGUGGAAGAUAUCCAUGAAAUUUGGCCACUGGAACAUCAUUUGAACGCCACCAACAUUGACUUUUCACAGCACAAUGAGCCACUAACACCGGUAGAAGCGACAAUCACUACAGAAAUCAGAGAAGAAUCCAUGCCUGUGGAAACCAUUUGGCCCACUAGUCCAGAGACAGGCAACUCUUUAACUCUGGAAAACUACGAAUUCGAGCCACAAUCACCCACAGAAAAGAAAGAACUUGAGACUGAGACAAAGCCUGAAACAGAACCAGAGACUAAACCAGAGCCAGAGCCCAAGACCUCUGCCAGUAUUGAAAUAAUUAAGACCAUCGAGACAGUGACCAUAGCAGGGGAGCAGCCCAAGGAAUCGCCUGUGGAUGUGGUGCCUGAACCGCAGACAGAAGUUCCGAAGUCAAAGACUGACAUUGAGAGUUUCCUGGAAGCUGAGAAGAUUUUGUCCGGAGCCUUGAAGGAACAGCAAACUGUACUUAAAGUAGAAGAAGCAUCAACCAUUCAAGUUGAGACAGUUGUUCCUGCAGAAGCAAUCAUCCAAUUGCCUGAAAAGGAACCCUCCGCAGCAGUAGAAACAGCUGUAGGUUCUACCGCAGAAGUCACAGAAGUUACGGAAGUUUCUAUACUCGAGCCCCAACAGCAGCCAGCGGAUGUGGUAAGCGUGGCAAUCACUCUCCAAGAGCCAGCACCAGCUAAGCCAACGGGCGAUACCCCGGAAAAGGAGGUAGCACCAGGACAGACGGACCUACGUGUAGCUACACAACUGUUCAUCUCUGGCGAGGCUGCAGCUUCUACGGCCCCACAAAAGUCCUACCAGAUUACAGCGCCAUCCAUCGAGGAUAAUGGCGAUGGUGUGCUCAAGGUUGUGAUGGGCAAGGAGCCGAAGGGCACCGAAGAAGAGCCAGGACAGACCGCCACGAAGGUGAGCAUGACCAUCAUUGAGACGGCAGCUGCAGCUGCAGCAGCUCCUGCUGCCGAUGCCAAGCGGCGUCGAAAGAAAAAGAAGAGAAGAGACACAAAGCAGGAGGAAGAUCAGCCAGAACAAGAAGCAGAAACCGAACCAGAGCCAGUGUCCGUCACAAAGGAGAACUCUGAAGUGGCUCCGAUUUCCCCAGAAGAUUCACCCCGCGAAGACAAGGACAAAGUGCGCCACGAAUCGAUUGUGGAGAUCAGUGCAGAUAGCGAUCUGUCCAGCAUGGACAUUGACACAGCCCAUGACUCGGUGAAGAUUGUGGAAGAUGCAGUCGUCUCCCCGCCCUCAGAGUCUCCACGUGCGCCCAUCGUAGAGCUGGUAAUACCCACAGAAGUGGUCGAACUUUCACUAGUCGAGGAUGAGGAACAGCAGACAACACCACGUGCCGCAACGCCUGUAGAAGCCGCGAAGAUUGAACAGGACAUCAAGUCCGUGCAGACAUCGCCACAGCAUCAACCGAAACUGGAUGAGAUGUCAGUGCAGACGAGUCUGGAGAUCCAACCCGAGAACCAGGAGAUGGAAUCGCAAACCCUGAUCAUUGAGAUUGCCGAGACUGAGGCACAGACAACACCACGCGACGAUGAACGUGUUAUUGAGGUAUCCACCGCUGAAAUGCAAACGGAUGUCAGUGGCCAGCCGGCGGAUACAGUGGAGAUCUCCAGUCAAACCACUGUGACCACAACCAUUGAAAAGGAACUGCAGACAACGCCCAGGGAAUCACCGCGUCAGCGAGAGCCAGGCAGUGACGAUGUGGUACCUUCACUUGUCCAAGAUUUGGUCAAGGAGAUGACCAUCGAUCUGCCAGUGCCCACCACAGAGCAGUCAACGUUCACUGAAACCACAACGACCACGGAGAUGCAUGUCCAGACCACCACACCCGAACCCACAGAAGUGGUGGUGGCUGAAACUGUUAAGCCAGAGACAGCGCACGAGGCAACCUCAACGCUGGAACUUGUGCAGGUAGCCGAUGGUGAGGCCCAGACGACAACACCUCGAGAGGUGGAACAGCAGCAACAACCCAUUUCAUUGGAUGACUCCAACUCCAUUUCCAUUUCGGAACCAUACGAACUGGAGGUGAAGACCACGGUGGCGAUACCAGCAGACUCGGAUGCCGGCUCUCUGGCCGAGCCAACGGUCUACGAGUACACGCAGACCAUGGAGCUGCCCAAACCAGAGAAGCGCUCCAAGAAGGAUAAGAAAAAGAAGCAAAAGAAGGAACAGGAGCAGCAGCAGCCACAGCAACAGCAACAGCAGCCGCCAGAGGAGCCACAGAUCAGUGUGACUGUGGAAAUAGCACCCGAACUGCUGUCCGAGUCGGGGAUUGUGGUGUCCACCAAUCAGCAGAUCGAAGAGGUGCAACACGUCGCACCGGAAGAAGUGGAGCCAGUGGAGUUUGUGGAGCCAGCGAAGCCACCGCAAAGAGUUCAGCUGCAGAUCACCACAACGCGGGUGUACGAUGAGUAUCCCGAUCUGCCAGUGCACAUAAUCGAACAGAACAAGAUGAGCAUUGCAGAGCAGAGCAGCCGAACGACCGGACGCGAGCGCAGUGGUGCGGGACCCACGUCAUCGGUGACCAUCGAAGAGGUAUCCUCGCCCACAGAAGAACUGGUGGUGGUGCCCAUCACCCCUGGGCCCGAUAACCUCAACGAGCAGCAGAGCAGCAUUUGGUUCCAGCCAAAGACGCCUUCCCAGGAUCUUUCCCAGGCCCUGAUCAUGAGCGAGAGCCUUCAGCAUUAUCCUGGACAACCGAAACAGAAGGCCAACAUCUUGGUGGAGACCAAGGAGGCUAUUGGGGAUCGCAUUAAGCACUUGAAACAGGCGGUACCACAACAACAGCCGACGACAACGACGCCCCUGAGCAAUGUUCUCCACUUGGCCACUCUUUCGGAGCAGAUCAAGGAGCUGCCCACGGAGCAGCGUCUUCAGGAGGUUAACGAAGGUCUGCAGAAUCUAGAUGCGGCUCUGAACAGCGGCGACAAGACGGUCAUACAGACGACAGUCAUCACGGUCAUUGAGAAGGUCUCGACGUGGCUGGAGACCAUCGAGUAUCGCGUGUAUCUCAUCCGACAGAACUCCAACGAGGGACCCUCUGAGGAGAAGCUGGACAACUACAACCAGCUGAACGAGGAGCUGCACACGAUCAAGCAGAAUGUGAACCAACUCGAGAGGCAGCUGUCGAAGACAGAGGAGCCCGAGCUGCAUCAGUGUGUGGACACGCUCAAGGAGCAUGUCGAAGCCGUGGAGCAGGUGACACAGCAGAAUCAGGCACAGGACAGCAACGAUCUGGACAAGUGGCACAGCUUUGAGGUGCUGCUGAAUGACGUGUCCACAGUCCUAGUGCAGCUGCAGCAGCGAUACGACAUGGUCACCAAUCAGGAGUAUCCGCUGUCCGCCAAACUCUCGCACUUGGACGAGCUGGAGCAGGAGCAUGACCAGGCCCAGCAGCAGCUGGGACAUCUCCUGCAGAAUGCACGAGCCUUCCAGCGCGACUUCCCAGGCAAGAAGAUGCCACAGGAUGUACACAAUGCCUUCGAGACGAGCAAGAACAUUGGCAACAACAUCCAGGCCGAACGAGAGCGUCUCCUCCAACUGCAAUCCUUGGCAGAGGAGUACGAACAGACCCUCAAGGAGUUCACCAACAUCACGGUGCUCGCCGACAAACUUGUGGAGUGUCCCAUUGUGUCCAGUUCUUUGGAGCAGCUGAACAACGAAGUGCAGAAACAGCGCAAGUUCUUUGUGAACCUCAGCCACUGCCGCGCCAUGCUUGAGUCCCUCGAGGAGAACAUUGACACGGAGACCCGGGAGAAGCAUUCGGACCUGCACAAGGAGCUGUACAACCGAGCCACUCAGCUGCUGGACAAGGCCUCCGAACGAUCUUCGAAGCUGGUGCAGGCUGCCUCCCGUUGGACCGUCCUGGAGAAGGGAAUGCGCGACGAGUUGCAGUGGCUGCAGGUGGCCCAGCAGCGUGUGCCCGAUCUGUCGGCGGUGACAUCGGCGGACUACGACCAGUACACGACGCUCUACCAGUCCCUGAGCAACGACAUCUCCCAUCAUUAUGUUAAGAUGACCCAGCUCUCGGGGAUAGCCAACAAACUGCAGCAACUGGUGCAGGCGCCCAAUCUGGUGGAGGAAACCAACGAGGCGCUGAUUGUGCUGCUGAAGCUGCGCGAAGAGGUGGCCCUGUACCUGCACCGCCUACUGGUCUUCAAGGAGAUCUGGGUGCAGUACGAGCAGCAGACCGACAAGCUGGAGGCCUUCGUGCGCGAGGCGGAGCAGGAGCUGCGUCACAUUCAGAUACCGGCACAGCCCACGCAGCAGCCCAUCGAGCAUAUGCGUCAGUUCUGGGAGAUCAAGGCCCGGUUCGAGCUGCACAACAACGUACGCAACGAUGCCGGCCAUAGCUUUGAGAAAGCUCUGCAGGUUAUUCCGCUUGCGGAUGAGAUGCUGCAGCGGCAGUUCCAUGCCCAGCUGGAGGACCGCUGGCAGGCCGUGGCCCAGGCCAUCGAACAGAUCCAACACAAUAUUGUCGAGUGCCUGUCCUCAGAGGAUAUGCCAGCGGCGGAAAAACUGAAGCUGGUGGAGCGUGAGCUGCAGGAGAUCUACCUGACGAUGACCAGCAUGAAGGGCGUGAUCAAGAACGAGGAGGAGCUCUGUCUCUACAUCGAACGCAUUCAAGUGCUGCGCACACGCGUCGGCUUCAUUGGCAACGAACUGGGUCGCAUUGGACUCCAAGAGCCGGCGGCCAUCGAACCCGAGAAGAUCGGCGAGCUGUUUGCCCUGUCGCACAAGAUAACCACACAGAUAGCCGAGGAGCUGGAGGGUGCCUCCGUGCUGCGCGAUCAGCUGCAGGCCAUCCAGGAGGGGAUCAGCAACCAGCGCAAGCACCAGGCCAAGAUCUCUGUCAUUCUGGAUGAAUGCGAGGCGGCCGAGCGCCAGGGAGCUGAUGUCCUCGAGAAGGCCGUCACCGACUGUCAGAAUGUGGGCGAGGACCUCGUCUCCAGCUGGCAGGAGAUCAUGCGCAUCCGCCAGAUGCUCCACACCCUGCCCAUGCGCCUCAAGAUGUCCGUGUCGCCGGUGAAGCUCGAGCGGGACAUUUCCCAACUUCAAGACGAUCAGACCUUCCUCGAGAGCAAGUGCACCAACAUUAUGGCCAUUCUACGCAAUCGCCUGGCCAUGUGGCUACGCUACGAACGUCAGUUGGAGCUGGUCCAUGGCUCAGUGCAGGAGACGGACUUUAUGAUGGAACUCAUUCGAGUGCACGGACAAGUGGACUAUGAGCGACUAAGGAAAGCCACCGAAAGAUUAGAGGGUCUGGCCGGCGAUCUACACAACCGCGAAGAACUGAUCGAUGAGCUUAAGGGCGCCGCCAAGCCCCUGAUCGAGAGCUGUGAUGUGCAAAUCGUCGAACAGAUCGAAUCGGCUGUGCAGGAUGCGGUAGUGGCCUGGAAUGACACCACUGAGAAUCUGCAGCAGCUCUGCACACGCUACCAGCGAGCCGUCGAACUCUGGGAUAAAUAUCGCAACGCCUCGGCGGCCGUUCAGAGUUCCAUUGACCAGCAAAUGGAUACGGUCAAGUCCUUGGAGCAGCCCUUGGACGCCCUACAACAUGCCAAGGCCUGCCAAGAUAAUCUGACCACACAAAAUGAUAGACUCUUGGAACUGCGUGACAUUGUGGCCAAGAUAGCCGCCGAUGUGGGUCUGGAUGCCUCAGCCCUGAUGCAGGGCGAACUGGAUGCUUUGGGUCAACGUUUGGCCGAAUGCAAAGAUGCCAUCACCACACUGGCCAAUGUGGCCGAAACGCAGGACAAAGAGCGCAAAGAACUGGACAAGGAGGUGACACAGGCCAAGGUUUACUUCAACAACGUGCAGCAGGACAUAUCACGUGAUGCGCCGCAAACGCCCAGGGAAAGCGAAGAGCAGUUGGCCGCCCUGCGUGCCCAUCUACAGACGCUGGCCCGCACGGAGGAGCAGCUGCGGCAGCUGCGUGAACACCAGCAGCAAAGCAAUGAAGUGGCGCCCGCAACUGGCGCCGAUGAUGGGAUACUGGAGGUGCUGGCCCUGUGGCAGAAGAUAUUCCAGGACACGUUCCAGGAGUACCAUCGCCUGUCGACGCGUCUGGCCCGCAGCCAGAAUAGCUCGGAGGCACUGCGCCUGUGGCGUCAGUAUCUGCAGCAUGUCCAGUCCUUCCUCUCCUGUGCCAUACCCGAGGACUACAGCAGUCUGCGAGAGCAGCAGCAGCUGUGUGCCAUCCACCAGAACCUGCUCAUCUCGCAGCAGAGCGUGCUCGCGGAGACGCCACUCGAGUCGGAGCUCUCCGAGCAAUACAAGGCGCUGACCAAUCUGCACAACGAAACGCUGUCGCGGAUCAUGCAACGCAACGGGGAACUGGAGCGUCGUGUGAGCGGCUGGAACGCCUACCGCCAGCAGCUGGCGGCCCUGCUCGACUGGCUGAGACAGCGCGAGGCGGAGCGCAACAAUCUCCAACUGCGCUACAUCCACCUCAAGCGGGUGCCGCACCUCAAGAGCCGCCUGGACGGUCUGCUCCAGCAGCUAGACCAGGGCGAGCAGCAGAGCAAGUCCCUGCAGGAGCAGCAGCAACAGCUGUCCCGUCACUGCGACGAGGCCCUGGCCACAGCCAUGCGCAUGGAGCAGGCCAGCAUCGGGCAGCGAAUUAACAAUCUGCGUGCCGCACUCGAGACAUGGCAGGGAUUCCUGCACCGCAUCAGCCAGCUAUCGGAGACCUACGAGCAGCGUGUCCUGCAGCUCCAAAAAGAGUUUGGAGCAGCCCAGAAACUGCUGGACAGCAGCAGCGAACCACUGCCCACCCAGCCGGCGGCCAUUGAACAGCUGCUGCAAGCCCUGCGCGCACAGCGUGUCCAGUUGGGGGCACAGGUACCGGCGCUGGAGAGCCUGAUGGUCACCCAGGAGGAGCUAAAGGAGUGCGUGAGCCCGCACGACAUGAAGACGAUCCGUCAGCGCAACUGGCUGUUGUGGCAACAGCACGCGGACCUCGACUACCAGCUGGUGAGCCUCAUCAACAGCAUCGACGAGCGCCUGUCCCUGCAAUCCAACUACCAGAUUCGCUACGGACGCAUCUCCCAGUGGCUGCAGCGUCUCGAGCAGCGCGUCGAGCGCGAUGCCGAUGUCUCUGCCAUGGCCAACCCAGAGCAGGCAGCUAAGCAGCUGGAGCAGCAAGUCAAUGCAGAGCUGCAGCUGCGCGACAAGGAGCGCGAAUGGCUGCUGUCCACCAGUCGGGAGCUGCUCACGCUGUACGCCGACGAGCCUGAGGUUCGGGCCCAGGUACAGCAGCAGAGCGAUGCCCUCAUCGAUCGCUGGCAGCGACUCAAGUACCUGUGCAAGCAGCGAGCCACGAAGAUCGGGGAGCUAAAGAUGACGCUGCUGCGACUGGAGGAGAGGAUAGCCCUCAUCCGCGCCUGGCUCUUCGAAGUCGAGUCGCAGCUGGACAAACCCCUCAGCUUCGAGAGCUACACCCCGAACGUGAUCGAGGCCAAGCUGAAAGAGCACGAGCAAAUCCAGCGAUCCAUCGAGCACCACAGCAGCAAUGUCGGCGAGGUCCUGAAUCUCGUCGAGAUGCUGUUGAACGAUGCUGACAGCUGGCGCACUCAGGUGAACACCUCCGGCCUGGCCUCCUCCGCCCAGAAUCUGGAGCUGCGCUGGAAGAACGUGUGCAGCCAGUCCGCGGAGCGCAAACAGCGCAUCCUCAGCAUCUGGAAUCUCCUGCAGAGCCUGAUCAAACAGACAGCCGAGCACAAGAACUGGCUGGGCAAGCAGGAGACCCAGCUGGCGGGCUACGAACGUGACCACAAGUCCAGCGGCAAGCAGAAGCUGGAGGAGCGCCAGAAGGAGCUACGCUCCAAGCUCGAUGAACUUGACAGUCAGUCGGUGAAUCUGCGGCAUCUGGAGCAGACCUACGCCAAGCUGACGAUGGGCACUGGUGUGGAGCCCGAGAACAUACAGAAACUCACGCUCCCCACCAAGGUGAUGCUGAGCAAGUGGCGCCAACUGACGCCCCGGUGUCAUGCCCUGCUCGAUGCCAUCGACAAGGAUGCAAAGGUGCUGCGAGAAUUCCAUACCGCCCAGCAGGAGGCCACUCAAUCCCUGACGGCCAUUCAGAAGGCCCUAGAGCAACUGCCCAGCGCAACAGCCGAGGAUCAACAGAACGGCAAGGCAGAGCCCAAGGCGGUGCUGCAGCGUUUGGAGAGCCUGGAGCGCAAGCUACAGGAUGCCCAAAAGCAUGUCCAGCAAGCGGAUGCCUUGGCGCAAGAGGCCAAAUCACGACCCAAGCAGCAGCAGCCGCAACUGAAGCAGAUGCUCGAACUGAUGACGGUCUACACCACACUCUGGCAGACGGUUCAGACGCGGAUCGUCACCCUGAAGACCAGUUGGCUGGCCAGAGCGGCACAAAGUGCUGCCGGAGCAGUCAACGAGGCGGCCAAUGCAGCCGUUCAGGUGAACACGCUGUCGCAACGGAAGAUACGCCAGGCUCAGCAGAUGCAUCGCGAGACCUCCAUCACUGCCAAGGAUGCGUACAUCAUGGAGCUGCAGACGGCCAUUGCCGAGUGCCAGAACAAUCUGGACGAGCUGCAGCGCACGAUUGUGGACAAGACGCGCAAGCCGGGACCCCAGAAGAUAGCCAAGCUGCUGGGCAAUGCCCAGUCCUCCACGGAAUUGGUCAAGCAUCUCAGCAAUCUGCUCCUAACCGAAUGCCAGGCCGACAACCAGGCCGCCCAGUCGGAAACCGUCUCAGAGCUCACGUUGCGCUUUGACACACUGCAAUCGCAGUGGAAGGCGCGACAGCAGCACGAUCAAAAUGCAAGGUGCCUACUACCUGCGUCCUACAAGUACAACUGCAUACACGAGGUCGGCCGUCUAACGUGUCCGCUCUGCACGCAACGCAACUGGCAGCAGAUCGACAACGAUCUGUGGCGCCUGGAGCAGUGGCUGCAGUUCGCCGAGAGCACCCAAAAGGCUCAAUCGACCCCACCGUCCAACAUUGAACUGCUGGAGGAUGUAACACAGGAUCAUCGCGAGUUCCUGCUGGAUCUGGAGAGUCACAAGUCGAUCAUCUCGUCGCUGAAUGUGGUCGGUGAUCAUCUGGCCACCCAUACCCUGGACACUGAGAAGGCCCGCCAGCUACGCUCUCGCCUCGAAGCGGAUAACGAGCGCUGGAACAAUGUCUGCAUCAAUGCCACCAAAUGGCAGGCUCUUCUCCAGACCGCCCUCAUGGGCAACAGUGAGUUCCAUCAGACCAUCGAUGAGCUGGUCGAUUGGCUGCAGCGAACCGAGCAGAACAUCAAGGCCUCCGAGCCCGUGGAUCUCACCGAGGAGCGUUCGGUCCUUGAAACCAAAUUCAAGAAAUUCAAGGAUCUGCGCGCCGAAUUGGAGCGCUGUGAGCCGCGUGUCGUGAGUCUACAGGAUGCCGCCGAUCAGCUACUGCGCUCUGUCGAAGGCUCUGAGGAACAGUCCCAACAUACCUAUGAAAGAACCCUUUCCAGAUUGACCGAUCUCCGUCUGCGUCUGCAAUCCCUGCGUCGCCUCUCCGGCAUCUACAUCGUCAAGCUGGGCGCAGUGCUCGGCUAUGAGGGCGACAAUCUUGGUGUGCCGCUACACAUGUUGUCGAGUGAGCUUUUGGAUAAUACUACAUUAUCAACCUCUUCUAUGCAGGCCGCCGCACCAAACACAGAAAAUGCAAACAACACCGAUGGCGAUGCUGUCGAUGGCGAUGUCAUCAAUACCACGGUUCUGGCACGCGGUGCUCGAUUCCUAGGCCGCGUUGCCCGUGCCUCCCUGCCCAUACAGGCGCUCAUGCUGUUGCUUUUAGGUGUGGCAACUCUGGUGCCCCACGGUGAGGACUAUACGUGCAUGUUCUCCAACACAUUUGCCCGGAGUCUGGAACCUAUGCUGUCGUAUCCCCAUGGACCGCCGCCAACGUAAACCCCUAACUGUCAAACGCAAAUCAAAAAUCGAAACCAAAGCUGUCGAGUUGCAAUUGGAUUAGUGCAAGAAAAAAAUUUAACAGACUAACGCCCUAAAUAAUCAAAACAAAUUCAGACUAUAGCAUAACGAUGCCUUUUAUAAGAAAUUUCCUGUUUCAAAAUAUUUGGAUUAUGUAAAUUGUACUUUCCGACAGUUAUUGUAUUUAACCGUUUAGUAUGUUUAUAUAGCUAGAGGCAUUGAAUUCAAAUUAAUAUACAAAUCUGUAUCUGUACUGUACAUAAUGAUUAAAUCAAACCUACUCGUAUACCCCUAAAAUAAAAACAACCCUAGACUCGACGAGCAUAAAGAAACACAACACAUGAAAGAAUGAAUGAAAGAAAGA